GCCAUUUUGAGAUUUAGCUCAGACUGAACACAUCUGAAGCCGUACGGGAGGAGCGGGUUGAGAGCUACACUGCUCAGGCUAACGUCGUGUGACCGGGCACCUUCCUCAUCAGAAGCAAGAGGCUAGCCUGGAAUGCACCGAGGUGCCGCAUUUUGUCGUUUAUCGUGUUAGGGUCGGUUCGGAGGAUUGUUUUAUGUCAGGCCGUGGCCGCUCUCAUCUUCGCGAACUUCCAAAUCCACAUCAACGUUAGUGCUCUUCAGGGUUCCUAACGGCUUUGAAUGGAUAGCUUCUUUCUCCGCUCGCCCCCAGACGAGGGACAAUCGGAGGAGCAUACGGACUGGGGAUAUCGUAGACAAAGUUGUUGAAUGUGUGUCAUUAUCAAAUGAGCUUUUGUUUUCAUUGUUGUUGUACCUAUAUCACGAGUUGGCUGCCGAGUGUCAGGUAGCUUGGUGUUGGCUAUAAACAGGGUUUUUGUUCCUUAAGGUGCAGGUCGUGCUGUGCGUUAUCUUACUAGUUCCCGUUACCCCACAAUUCCCGGGGUGAAGCCCGAUUAAUUUAGCUCAUUACAGCGGGCCUCCCCCCUCGGGGCCCCAGUCCUACCAUCCCAUCCCCUGCAGCCAGACAGCGACUCGCACCCACCAACGGCGCCGAGAUUGGGCGAAUAGCGAGCAAAUACGUCCGCGUUUCUCUACCCGCUCCCCCGCCGACCUCCCCUCCUCACUCCCCGGCGCUGACAGCGGACAAGGCCGAGGUCGCAACAGAGCAGGCCCGGCCGCCAAGGCUCGACCUGUCCACCCCACCUCCGCAUCCUACCACACCUCACCAGCAGUCCAGAACCCAACUCCCUAACGAAGCGACCCUGGACAAGGUCGAGGGUAACAUAGAUAGCAAGGAGCCCCGCAUCACGACCACCACAACAACAGCUGCGAACAUGAACCACCAUCAUCACCACACGCAGCAGCAGCAACAGAAAGCCGGCGAGCAGCAGCUCAGCGAACCGGAGGAUAUGGAGAUGGAAGGUAAGAACUUUCCAGUAGAAAGCAGAAAAUGGGUUUUGCAGCCUCUUUUUCAUAUUUGAACUUGUGCGUAAGAUAUGAAUGAAGUUGUCUUUUAGCAGGCUGCGCUCAUCUUCACAGUAAACAUAAAGGCCCAAGCUAGCCAGGAUAGCCGGCUGCAUUUUUGCUGAUUGUGCGUCCGUUGCAGCACUUCUGAGAAGCUGACCUCAUUUUGCGUUUUAAGCGAAUGAAGAUUGGAUUUAUUCCGUAUACCGUCAAGAUGACAUUGCUUUUCGAUAACCAAAAUUAGCUUUUCUUUAACAAGACUGGAUAUUAACUUCAAAAAUCAUUCAUUAGGGUGUCUGUGUAUCUGUCUGUUUUUUAUGUUGUCACUUUUUGCUAAUGCAUUGGAAGAUCAUUUCUGUAAAUAAUCAUCAUACAGCUCAGGCAAACCUUGUUUUCAUGUUUGUAAACAGUGUGGUAAUAAACAUGGAACCUGUCCAGGAGUAUUAAUCUGGAAAAAAUGACAUGAAUGCGUUUUGGGUGCGUUUGACGUGUAACAACACCUGCGCGUGUCAUGUCCAAGUCAGCUUCCUGGUAGUGUGGUGAAAACGUUGCAGUUUUCUCCAGGAUGUCAGAUUCAGUCGCCUUUGAACUGGAUUUUUACCAGUACAAGCAUUAAAAACAUUGCGUGUUAGCAUCGUGUCUGAUGCCACCAAGUGCAGGCCUCCAAACUGACAGAAUCGGUAGACUGCAGGUUCAAAUAGUUCCGAUCCUAUGUCAAAUCACAACGCUUUAGUUCAAAGUGCUUGCUGCAGAAUUGCAUUACAUAAGCAGUGAAAAGAAUCCCCCUCUCGUUAAUGUGUUAAAUUAUGUGGUGAACGUUUUUGACAUGAGUAGCGGGCAGCUAAUUUGGAGCUAGUGAUCUAACCCUCAGUCGCGCUCUCAGACGUUCAUUUGCUAGCUAGCAGGCUAGUUAGCUCAUCGGCUCGCGCUCUCGGAGGGGGUGUGUGGAGUUCCAAAAUGGUGGCUUGUAUUUUGCAUCGGUCGAUUCUGGGCUUUUGCUCGAAUGUUAGGCCAUGAAUAUCUACCUCGCGUAGUUCAGAACUUUUUAAUAAUUAAAAUUGUUUUUGUUUCGUUUUUUACGUAAAACGUCUAUACUCUGCAAGUUUUAUAUAUUUCUUAAGACACUGAUUGUAGCAUGUUAGCCGGUACCCGUGAUUCCAGCUAGCGGCCUGCCGAUGAGUCUGUGGCAAGUGCUCGCUGGACAGCUAGAUAGCUAAAGCUAACGCAGAUGCGUCAAUCGUGAUAUGCUAAGUUGAAUGUGCUGUAAUAAAUUUAGUCCUUACUUUCGAUCAGUUGUCAAUGUGAAUGUGAAAUGUACUUCAGUGGAGAAGGUUCUGUAAAUUAUAACCUUUAGUUGUGGUGUAUUAACCGUGUGCGCGCUGCUGGUGAGAGACUGUAGUCGCUGCUGCGGUAAGCCAGGCCCGCACAGGAGCAGCGCGGGGAUUUGCUGCUUCAUUGUAUGGAGGACCAAACGGCAUGGAGCUCGCCAUUUUUAAUGAUCAGUGUUUUUGUUUGGCAGUUUUGGGACAGGGCCACCUCUCUCCUCUAAACUGGCGUCAUUCAACAAUAUUACCUAUCCUACAGUAAUAUAUUUCCCAAUGUCAACUCCUGGGCAGAGUGGAGGCUGGAUGGAGCCCUCAGCAUCACUGCGUCAUUUGGUCCCGGUGUUUUUAUUAUCAUUUUGCUUACCCCGUGUGUCUGUUAUUCUGCUGCACCAUUACCAAGUUUAUCUUGUGUCAUUUUAAACCGCAGCAAGCAGAAACUGCAGAGGAUGACAUUUGUUGUCAUUUUUGGUGAUCCAUUUUCAUACUUCAUAUUUGAAAGCAAUCACCCUUUGCUGCCCCCCACCCCCCAUUGCACUGCAGCCUCAGAAGGACAGAAUAAACAAGUCAACAAUAAUAAGCUAUCCAAAUUUUUGUAUGGCUGUGGUUAGCAACACUGAAUGCUUUCCCUCUCAUAUCAGAGUCCAGUACAGUACAGUACACUCGCAUUAUCCCUCACCGAUCCCCAGAUUUCACUUAUUUAUCUUUUUAGCUGCUACAGUGGAUGCCUGGCUUUUGUUGAUACUCAAUCAAACUUAUUUUUGCAUGUUAAAACAACGUAAGGAAGGGAGUUAUGGAAUGAAUCAGAAACUAACAUUAGCUCAUACUACAUUUGGAUCCCCAAGGCUGAUGAGACAAGACUAGGAGACUGGAAUAAAUUCUAAGUAAUGAACAGCUUAUUUCAACACACACAUAUAUUGUUUAAGGUCAUUUUUUAUGUAAUUGAUAAAAUUGUUUUAGAGUAGUUGUACUUAAAACUGUCUUAAAAGGUAGAAAAAUUCGACAAACUUCAAUUGAAUCAUUAAAAAGCAUGUCAGUAUCUUAGUGCUAAAUCAUCAGUGCAGGAUCAGCUGGGCUGUCAUAAGCUCUUUGCUGAAGGUUCAUCUGGAGUUUUGUUUACAAGUACACUGUUGCAGCAGAGGAGAAAAGUCUUGCUGACAUGAUUAAAUUUGGAAACAAAUUUUUCUGUCCUAAAAGAGGUAAGAUUAAGUACUUCUCUGGAUACUUGUUAAUCACUAUGAGGCUUUUUGAAACUAUAUAGUCAUAAGUAAUGAAUCAGAUUAUUCAGACGCUUACAGCUUUCUCCUUGAAACACUUGUGUCAUAAAGCAACAGAGGGCUCUACAAAGCCUUUGUAACUUUUUUUGUAAAAUAUUAAAAAUAUCCUGUAGUAUGAAUUUCCGAGAGGCUUCAGGAUCUGUGGACAUUGUGCGGGACAAGAAGUUGUCAUGGAGUUGACUGACAGACUCCAUUAGCAGUUGUAAUCCACUUGGGGAAACAAGGUCACUGUCCCGAAAGAUUCUGUCGGUCAAGUUACCUGGAAGACACAGCGACACUGCUGCUUCUGUGAAUGUGAGGGAAGAUAGGAGACACAAAUACACAUGAAAUGCAGUGCAAGAGACAGGUGGACACAUUUAAAGACAUGAAGCCACACUGUUUUAUCGCGUCUGGCUUCUGCUGCAUCAUCACCAUCAUCACAAGACUCAUACAGAUUUCACUCAGUCCCUGUAGUCUACUUAGAGCUCCUCUGUUCCUGCUAUCAGCACAUUCUGAUAGAUGAAAGUGAGCAGCGAGCUGCCUCAUUAUGCAGCCAGGAGGAUAGGUCUGCUCUUGAGUUUGUCCUGUUUGAGCAAUGACUUGUGGCUUAAUCCUGCAUUGUGUCCACAAUUACACAGCCUACUGUAAUGUUGCAUGGUCUGUAAUAUACACGCACUCAUACAUACCCACGCACACACAUUCUGUUUCUGUGCUCCUCACUCUAACAUCCAGACUGGGAAGGAGGAGUUGUCAUGCUGUCUCAGCAGGGCUUUUCCACAAAAAAAGUAUGCAAGGGCAAAGGAAGAAUCGCUGUGUGUUGAGACGUGUGACAAAUAGAGGGAGAAAGUAUGUGCUGCAUAACAUUUUUGCACAGAUGAAGAGGAAUUUGGUUGCUUUUAGCCCCAGACCGUUAUCAAAAAUAUCAGUCUUUCCUGCUGUCUGAUGAUGAUGUAUACCUUUAUUUAGUUUGGUGUUUAUCUGCCUUCAUGUUGUCAGUGAAGUAGAAGAAGAAUUUUAUUGAUUCCUAAAGGGAAAUUCAAUGACUGAAUCAACAGUAGAAAAAGUAUUUGGGUGAAACACAUCAAAUAUAUAUGAAUGCAGAUUUAUUGGAAAUAAAGCAGUUCAAAGAUAAGAAAAAUAUUAAGAGUGUCUAUUUGGGGAAAACCUUUACUUUGAAACAAUUGUGGAAAUCCUGCAGUGUAGAGGCCACUAGCCUUUUACACAUAUAAGAAUAUAGACAACAGGGGCUUUAUGGAUUUUUUUAAGUUGACCCACCGACUUUGACACAUUGGGGGCACACAGUUAGCAAUGUAGAGACUUCGGCAUGGUUACUGUUAAAGAAAUAAAUGCCUACUCUGCUAUUCACAAGUUUUAUCACAUGGUUACUUUAAUCUUACAGCUGGGGACACAGAUGACCCUCCAAGAAUCCCAGCCAACCCAGUGAUAAAUGGUAAUGUGGCCAUGGCAGACGGACACAACAACACAGAGGAAGACAUGGAGGAUGGUGAGAAGAAACUUUUAUCCUGAAAACAGCUUGGUUUCAUUUGUUUGAGACUUAUUAACAGAACUGAAAAUCCAUUUACCAUCUAACAAGCCUCCUAUCUGCUUCACAGACACUAGUUGGCGGUCAGAGGCCACUUUCCGCUUUGUUGUUGAGCGUUUCAGCCGUCUGAGUGAGUCAGUGCUCAGCCCGUCCUGCUUUGUCCGAAACCUCCCAUGGAAGAUAAUGGUGAUGCCGCGCUUCUAUCCAGACCGGCCACACCAGAAGAGUGUAGGCUUUUUCCUGCAGUGUAACGCCGAGUCAGACUCAACGUAGGUUUCUGAAUGGAAUGGGGGGUACACACCUAAACUGUCUUUUAAUGGUUUGGGUGCACAUACACUAAUUGUUGAUUAAAAAAUAUGUUAUUAAAGAUAAAACUUAUCAUGUAUGAGUAGCUUCUGAUAUGAUAAUUUUUCAAGUAAAAGUUGUGAACUAAUGAACUAAUAGUUCAGGACAUGUGAUAAAACAUGGAGAAAACAGAGCCUGUAUAAAUUGCUUCCCUCCCACACAUGCCCACUUUUCCGUGUUUUAUAACAUUGAGUCACAGUUGAUGGUGUUUUACUUUUUACACCAAAAGAUUAUUUCAUGUCAGGGUGAAAAUAUCUUUGCAAAUCACAUAAUGUUCUUCCUGACUUCUUUAUUAACUUAAAAAACCUGUGAGUGUGCAACUAGCAUUUCAGUCCAAACCAAUCCAAGUUUCUUUAUAAAGCACUCUCAAAACAACAAAAGUCCCAUCACUCGCUGUGACUACCACCUUGAUGCUUCAUGUUUUGCAUUGUAUUUCAGGGUGGUGGCUGUCUGUAAACUAUUUGUUACUGGCUAACAAUGACAAUUUUUUUUCCAAUUACAAUAUUAUCUAAUAUAAAUAUAAAAAAUAAGUUUCUGGAUACUGCUCUUUCAGGUCAUGGUCGUGCCAUGCGCAGGCCAUGCUUAAGAUCAUCAACUACAAAGAUGACGAGAAGUCUUUCAGCCGAAGGAUCAGUCACCUGUUCUUUCACAAAGAGAACGACUGGGGCUUCUCAAACUUCAUGUCCUGGAGCGUGAGUACAGAAACUAAUAGAGAACUUCAUUAAAGUGAGAAAUUAGUUUGAAUUUAACUUACUCUAUUGGCUUUAUGUUUUUCAGGAUGUGACCGAUCCAGAGAGGGGCUUCAUUGAUGAUGACAAAGUCACCUUUGAAGUCUACGUUCAGGCAGAUGCUCCACAUGGAGUGGCGUAUGUCCUUUUUUUCUUUUUUUCUUUUUUGGUUCUCUCUUUUUUCCUGAGGUUUUCAUUUGCGGUCACAUUCCCUCUUAUAUUAGUGUCAUAAACCUAAGCACAAACACCUGUUUUCUCUCUCUUUCUCUAAACUAGCUGGGACUCUAAGAAACACACAGGCUAUGUUGGUCUGAAGAACCAGGGAGCUACCUGCUAUAUGAACAGCCUGCUACAGACAUUGUUCUUCACCAACCAGCUGCGAAGGGUAAGGUUUCAUGUGGAUAUCUGUCUGCAUGUUUGUGAUUUGAGCUUUUUUGCCCUGAGAGUUCUGUACUGGUAGGUUUGGUGCACUGGUUGUAGCUCCCCACAUAGUUUGUCUAAAUGCUUGUAUUUUCAACCAUUUGCAUCAGCAUCAAAAAUACCUCUCAGCAGAGCUUUAUAAAUUACAUCAAGCGCCCUGCAGUGUACACCCUUUUAAGGACAGAUCCAUAUCAUUGUUUAUGAGCCUUGAAAAUAUGCAGCUUGUCACAGCUUGUUUUUUUUAAAUGAUUUUAUCAUUGAACAAACCAAAGAUUUAACAUGUUAAUCGGAGAGCAUGCUUCACUCUAUGAAAUAAGUUGUGGAGUAUAUGCUGCUGCUCAAUCACAUGAUACAGAGACACAAUAUUUCAUCGCUACGCCGAUGACACUCAGCUGUAUCUGCCCAUAGAACCAAGGAACAUCCAAAACCUGGCAUACUUGGAAACUGGUUCUUUUUGAAGAGGUGGCUUUUAGGGGUGGGAUCCAGGAUAACCCAUCAUAUGACACCCAACAUGGCCCACAAUAACAACAGUCUCCCAAUAAUCACAUUUGUGACAAAUCAUAGAACAAGAUUGACAGCAGCAUACAAAAGGCCUCUAAAAUGUAAAGUGCAGGAUCAAAGUGGGUAGGGCCUCUGCAAGAAAGAAUGAAGUAGUUACUCAGUGAGUCACAGGAUGUUUUUUUUUUUUUGAACUCACAUCUAUUCUAUUUUGAUCAAUCUAACAUUAUUAAGAAUGGCUGACUGCGUGUGUCCAUCUUUCAGCUGUUUUCCUUCAAAUGUCAACCUCUGCUGAUCGGGAGGGAUACCCUCUUUCUCCAGCCAGUGUGUGUGUGUUGAAGCAAUGCAGUGACUAUCACUGUGCAGAAGGAUUUUGACAUUUUACAAGUAGUAAUACAGAGACUUCUGUAGAAGUCGGAAAAAAAAACAUAGGAAAAGCCAGAAAUGGGACCAUCUUGAUGGGAAAAAUGAUGAGGUUUGCUGCAAACACUGCGAUGCGAUGUACAAGUACAACACGACAAUGACCCUAAUGAUGGACCAGUUGAAGCACAUACGUUCGACUGAGGUUAAUGAGUCCUCAGAGUACUCUCAUCUUAACCUACCAUCAGCUCCUUGCUAGCAAGGAGGAUCUGUAGGGUGACCAGACAUCCCCAAUUUCAGAGGACAGUCCCCGUUUUUGAUGACCUGUCUCCAGCUAAAGAUGUCCUCAGAAAUGUCCCUGAAUUGAGCGUUUCAUGAAUGAGAAAUAAACAGUACUUAUUAUGGUAGCCGGGCAGGUAGGAAGCGCAAUUGAGCAUGUAGCGCGCAGCCUGAGGGGGGGACGAUCCAUUAUUUGCUUAUUUUCUGCCAAUACCAUAAAAAAACCCAAUCAAAUCGAUGAUUGAUUGUUAAUUUACAUUAUUAAUCGAUCAAGAGACUUUCUUAAAAUGCCCAUUCCUAGCCUUCACGUAAGCCUAUGUUCAUUGUAUUUGUCACUCUCUGUAUCCAUUGUUCCUGUGCCGUUCGAUGGCUUUCCUGCAGCCACUCUAAAGCUGAAAACAUACAGGAUCUGUAUUGAGCGCGUUUUGUCUGCGUUGCUUAUUUGCUCCGUGGAGCAGCACUGUUUAUCGCAAACAGGAUGCAUAUUUGGAGCGUAUCAGCAGCGUAGUGCAGCCACGAUCAGCAGGGCUCAGUAUAGAGAAAACAACAUGCUCACAACAGGUUGUUUAGCCUUUCUGUGGUCUAUUUCCUGCUAAUUUGGAUAUAAUUCAGUGACCUCUGAGCCUCUACUAUAUGUGAAAAGCAACGUGAUUUUACAGUUUGGGUUUUUGUAGGUUUACUCGUGUUUAAUAAAGUAAACUAUGUUCCUUUAUGCAGUGCUGUUACCUUUAGACAGAGUUAGCAGUUUAAAAUCCUGGAUCCAGGGAUCAGGGAUUGACCAUGGGAUUGUUUUGUUACGGAUAAAUCCACAAGCAGGAAGUAUUUGUCAUCUACACAAAUUGAUACAUAGUCAGGAGUCCGCAUAUGGUGUUCAGGCAUGAAAAUCUCUCACCUUUCGGCGAAAUUCGCCGUUUUGAAGUCAAAAAGGGUGACCUACGUGAAUCGUGUAGAUCAGUGGAGAAAUUUUUUAGGGGGGGGGGAGUCGGGGUCGGGAGAUUUUUUUGUUCUUUUAUUAUCAUGUGAUUGACUUAAUACGUAAACUGAGCGCUUCAGAAAUCGGCCCUUUAAAUGACACUUGGACGGUCAGCAAAUCCUCCUGGCUCCUUCGCUGACGAGAACCAAUCAUAGGCCAAACUGCGUUCCAUUAUUCCAAUCAUGCGCACACGCUUCACGUGUACUUGGAGUGCUUGGAGAGCCUGUGGUGGCUGCGAGAACGAGAAGCAGGACUUAUCCACGCCGGUGUUGUGCCGUAGAAUGCACCCCUGCCGUAGAACGUCACCCUGACGGGAGCGCGGUUGAAAGUACACAACAAGGCGAAAUAAUCCAAGUUUUGAGCCGUCUAAAAUAGCGAAAGCGGGCGUCUUGCGUUUACUGCUCUGCAGGGCUCUCAAGUCUCACGCAUUCAGCGUGUGACACACACAUUCCCACCCGUUCACACGCUCGCACGCCACACAUUGUAUUUCUCACGCAUUUAUAUGAACAUGGUGAUGUCUACAAAGUUGCACCUCUGUAACAAUGGAACAGGUAGAAAUCACUUGAGUUCCUCCGAGAGUUCAGAGGCUGCGUGCCACGCGCAAGCCAAUCAAAUAAAGUAUAUAUACUGAACAGCCAAUCAAAAAGCAGCAUUGCUGUAUCCGGGUAGAUUUUGAUAUUUUGCGGUUUGACUCCAGAAGAAGACAGACACUCGCCGAAAUAGAGCAGGUUUUUAUAAGGACAAGAAAGACCCGAUGAUUACAGUAAGUCAGUAACCUACACAUGCAGAGACCUCAACACCUCAUGGCAGAUAAACUCAUAUGAUAAACUAAAGCCCUAUGCUAUUGCUAUUAACAGCUGCAUUGAUGAAUUUAGCCUCUGUACAGCCAUUUCCAGCCAUUUUCCCCUCCACAAAAGCAGCAUUUCUCAUAUAUUCUUUUUAAAGUUCUGACAGUGUAACGCUCAUGUACCAAAGGAUUAAGUAUCUCCAUGUUUGUGAAACCUAUACUAAAGUACAAUUCGUCUAAAUGCUCCUCAGUGCUGAUUUUAGCAACUAUCCUCCACAACAGGUAACUUUAGGACUUUAUUCUUAUAUAUUAUUGACUUUAUUCUCCUAAAUAAUAACUAAAUAAUGUCUAAGAUUUAAAAACGUUUUUUUGUCUUAAUGUGGCCCUCAUAUCUUCAAUCACUCUUCAACCCCCCCCCCCCGCUUCUCACCUUUUCAACCCCUGACCCAUUUUCAUGCCUGGGUGUUUUAUUUUGAAAUACAGGAUGACAAACACGUGUGUUCGUGCUUGACAUCCUGUGUAGCAGAGCCGUGCUUGACACGCUUCUGAGACGAAGCUGAUAUGUGUCCUGUAUGCGAUGCUGCAUUGAUUAGAAUGGUAACCUAUUUGCUGCGUGAUACGCUAUGCUGCCGUUAUGCGCUCAGUACAGAUCCUGUAUGUUUUUAUCCCUAAGAAUGUGCGUUUUAUUUGUCAUGAAAAUACAGAUGACGUCUCAACUGAACAGACUUCUCUUGUAGAGUGUUGCUUUGUCAAAUGUGUAAUCCUGGCAUGAAUCCUUGCUGUCUUUUCCAGGCAGUGUACAUGAUGCCCACAGAGGGAGACGACUCGUCAAAGAGCGUUCCUCUUGCACUGCAGAGGGUUUUCUACGAGCUACAGCACAGCGACAAACCUGUCGGCACCAAGAAACUCACCAAGUCCUUUGGGUAAGGCAGCCUUUUUUUAAUCUGUUGGAAUUAACUGCUCAGACUUUAUUUAAUUUUUUUAAACAAAAUAUGGCUAGAAUAAAAGUAGAAUGAGACACUGGCACAAAAAUUUGAUAAACAUCAAAUAUCUUGGUUCUGCAAUGUAGAAUGUUUACCCUGUUUUUUGUCAAGUGUGGGAAAAUCACUGAAAUCUGUGCCACACUGAUUAUGGUCACUGCUUUGAUUUAAAUUCAAUAACAUAUUAUUCCAGUCUUUUUUGUAUAAGUUACGAUAGCUACUAGCCAAUACUCUGCCCUAAACUUUGUUCUUUGUGUCUAACUGCCAUGGUUUUGUUGUUUUCUUCUGUUAAGAUGGGAAACACUAGAUAGCUUCAUGCAACAUGAUGUACAGGAGCUGUGCAGAGUGGUGAGUUCUCAUGUACUGUCUUGAAGAAUGUGGGUGUUAAUGCAUGCUGAAUCAUUACUGACCUAUUGUGUGUGUUUGUUUGUGUGCGUAUGUGUGUUCCAGCUCCUGGACAAUGUGGAGAACAAAAUGAAAGGCACUUGUGUGGAGGGAACAAUCCCUAAGCUCUUCAGAGGAAAGAUGGUGGUAGGUUUUCUCUCCUCAUUUUUUUUGUUUGGCUUGCCUCUACAGCUGCAGUUACAUUUUGCACACUUAUUGUUGUGCCACACAAAAAACAUCCUGGAGUUCCAUCUGAAAGUUAUACUACGUAAGCUGAUAUUUAUUUGAAAAGUGCUUUUGGUUGGUUUUAAAGAGAGUAUAGAUAUGCUCUUGGUCAUGCGGAUUUAGUUUAGAUGCAAAGCUGAAUUAUUAAUGUAUAAUGAUAAAGAAGCUUCAGGUGUUGAGGGUUUGUUUACAUUUGAGUAGCUGCUGGUUUACACUCUGGUCAUUUAUGCCUGCAGAGUAGAACAUUUACAAAUAUGGGCUCACCUGCACAAAUCAAGAUACAAACAAAUGCAAUUAAAGAUUUUAAGGAGGGCAAUGUUUCUUUCAUGCCAUAUAUCUGUCACUGUAAUAAUAAUACAAAACCCCAGGUACAAAAAAGUGAGACCACUGUGUUGACAAUGUUGACAAAAAGAUUUUUAUGCUUUAUAGAUCCUUUCAAACCUGUAUUUAAUUGAAAAUAGUUAAGACAACUUUUUAAAAUUCAAACUGAAAAAACAAACCGAUGGCAGUCACAGUUAUUUUUUUUUUAACUUCAUUUUUAGGGUGGUUAUUCAUGGUCCAGGAUUCAAAAGAUGAGUGCAGAAAUCACAUAAUUGACACAUAGUGAUAUAAACAUGCUUAAAACAAAAGCAUGAAGCUCUGUCUUAACACAGCUUCCUUUCUCUUCCUGCCCCCCCUUUCAUUUUACUUUAAACCAACUAUUAACAUUGGAAUACAUGAACAAGAGAUGUCACACUCAUUUACCUGUCAAGAUCCAAUCCCAACACAAUGACUUUUGCAGUCCAGUAGCAAUGAUGACCUCAGAGGGUUGUUAAAGCAAGUCUGGUUUGUAAGCCAGAGAUGGGGGCUCAAAGACUUGGACUGGAGACCCACUUAAAUGGCACACUAACAUUAUCUGACACUUGACUUGGACUUGCCCUUCAAAACCUUGACCCUGCUUGACUUGAGCGUUAGAACUUGUGCACAGUCUUGUUACUUUGUAUUCAUCAAUGUGAUGAGAUGAAUGUUACUCUCCCCCCCUGUGGGUAACCCUCUGUAUUUGGUGAAGUGUGAAAUGUUUUGAAGAUAACAUACCUGGGCAGGUGGCCCGGGUGUAUCCACAGACUUUUUUCACUUGAUUGUAAGCCACAGAAGUCUGCCGUCUGCUAUCAGUAAAUGAGUUAUCCCCCUUUGGUUUCUACCACCUGAGAAUGAUGCAAAAAGCAUCCGAUCAGACAGCAGGUUAUCUGGGGGAGAAAAAGAGAGACACGUGGUAAGGUACAUUCCUCCUCUUACUGCAGUGACUGAGGUCAGAGGGUAAUGUUAAUUAUGAACCUUCUGAUAAUGCUGUUUAAUCAGACUUGUGGUUCCUGUAAUGUCAGUGCUUGAUCGCCAUCAAAAGCCUCGUACACACUGAGCGACUGAUGUGAUGAUGGAUCAAGAUGUUGCAAUUUGGUUAACUUGCUGAUGAUAAUUGUUAAAAGUUUCAACUUGAACUGGCAAAAAGGAACCACAAUAUACAGAGGUAGGCUAUGAACAGUCAUAAAAGAGAGGGGAUGGUGUAAUGGUUGGAUUUAGGGGAUAGCUAGGGGUGCCCCCAGUAGGGUUGGGUAUCGUUUGAUUUUGAACGAUUCCGAUUCCGAUUUCGAUUCCUCAUUUCGAUUCCGAUUCCGAUUCCUAUCGAUUCUCUAUUUCGAUUCUUUUAAAAGGCAGGGUAUCAAAAAAAAAAAAAAAACAUGGUUUGAAUGAGGGUGCUAACCGGAGCUCUUCUUUUUGGAUGAAAUUUCUGAACUUCUCCAUGAAUUUUCAAAUUCUAUUAAUUUUUUAAGAACUUUACGAUGAGUUUCUCACAGAGCUAUUUUAAACCAGUAUAUAAAUAUAAUUUUUUGUUGUCAGGUCGUUUGUCUAUGAAAAAGUACAAGGGCUAACGUUAGUUGGAUAUUUAAGUUUACUCACCGUACACAGUACAAUUUGUUUACUGCUUCAAAGUUAGCAGAGGGCAGAAGUAAUUUAUUGUUUCACUUAUCUGAUCCUGACUGGUUAGCGGAAGACAGGUGUUUUACCGUAGAAUGCACCCCUGCCGUAGAAUGCCUCCCCUCCACUCAUUAGCUUCUUAAAGUGGAAGACAAUGAUCUCAUAUUUUAAAAAAAAACACGAGUAUUAGAUCGUGAAAACAUGUCAAAUGGAGCAGUAAACUUUCGUUUUGUUUUUAUGUGUAUCAAAAAUGCACACAUAGAGGUGUACUUGGGUAUAUAAACUGUACAGUAAGCUGUUAAGGUAGAGAACAUUAUAUUUUCGGGACAGUAAAUAUUCGGAAUCAGAGGGCUAUUGUUUUCAGCUUAUCUGAAUAGCCUGAAUGAAAUCAUUAAAGGCACACGCUUUAGAUUCCGUUCAACGAUUAAGCAAAACUUAGAUUGUUUCGCCUUGUUGUGUACUUUAAACCGCGCUCCUGUCAGGGGGGCAUUCUACGGCAGGGGUGCGUUCUAUAGCACAACACCGGCGAAGCGCGUCAAACACGAGCACUCGGGUAUUUCUCCUCCAUGAAUCCUGAGGUGUUUAAUCAUGUUGUUCGUUUACCCUCCUUUGCAUGAUUUAACUGUAUUGCUAAUGUUGCGGCGGCUAUUUCUUCCGGUCGGCGGACUCCGGCAUCGAAACUUGGAAUCGAAAAUUUAAUAUUUGAACGAUAUUGGAAGAAUCGAAAUGUUAGUCCCGGUCCCCAUCGAUACUCGAUUCUCGAUACCCAACCCUAGCCCCCAGCCCCUAAAACUGGAUUGAUAACCCCCAAAUCUUAAACUUUGAUUGGCCAAUUGCCUGAUCAUAGGUGGAAUCAUGUGUUGUUACUUUUGGUUGCAUCUUAACAGGCUGCUUAUGCUGGGCUGCUUUAAACAUUCUGUUUUUUAGUCCAAAAAAGAUCCCUCAGCCAAGAAGUUUAAGCCUAACAGUUUUUUUUUUAAGUUAACAAUUAGGAUAUGAGAAUAAAACAUCUAGAUGAUACUUCGAUAUUAAUAGUCAAAUUAAAAACAGUAAAUGUGUGUAUAUGCUGCAAAAGUCAGCACCCCAGCCAGGCCACCCCAUUCAAAAAAAACCUGGAUCCACCUCAAAUAGCUAUAUAUGGACAAUAAAACCAAAUAGCACAGUAAUACAUAAUUUUGAAUAAACAUUGGUUAUUGUUGGUUUAUGAAUAUAGAAUCUUAGUAAUGUCUCGCAGGGUUUCAACGAAGGACACAAAUGAGAUUUGUUGUUACCACCAGCGACCUGACUCUUGACUUGGACAUGCCCCUCAGAGACUCAGCUUAACUUUGUCCAGCAAGACUUUAAGCUGAACCUGGACUUAGGGGUUGUAACAUUAUUGAUUUAGGUACAAUAACUCACAGCAGACAUGGGAACAAGUCCUGACAUUUGCAAAUGACUGUAUUCUAAUCUCCGCAUAAAUUUAAUUUCACAAACUAAUUUUACUGCUCCUCUUAUGUUGGAGAAUCUGGUUGUAACCACUUCUUAGCCAGGGCUAUCUUUCCACCAAGAGAUAAUACCAAACAUCGAAUGGAGUAGAGAUUUGAAGUACUGUUUCUGUGCUCCAAUGAACUGCAUGCUGGGACAGAAGUCUAACUUUUAUAUUUAAACACCAUGCUGUAAACACAUGGGAGAUCAGUUUCUGGAGUUUAACAAGUUAAAAGUUGUCACCCACUGACAUCAAACCAAACUGUUGGUAAAGUCAAGACUGAAGCUAGGCCACAUUAGCACCCUGACUCUUUACUACGGAGCCAUGUUGUUAUAAUAGUGCAAAAUGGAGUGUGGCGUUGCCUUGCUAAAAUAUGUUGGUUCUGUAAAAAAGCGUAGUCUAGAUGGCAGCACAAAAAAACCUUUACUUUGAGGUUUCUCCAGUAUGGAUGGUGCCUGCUUAAAUAUGCAAGCUACCUUUUCCAUGGGUACCUAAGCAUCCCAAACUGAACUGUGGGCUGAUAACACAGUGGAUGUUCCCUGCAGUGUUUGUGAUUUCCAAAAAGAAUGAUGAAUGUGAAUGUACAGAACAGUUUGCAUUUGCCUCAGUCCAUCUUCUAUGGACUUGAAGCCCAAGGAUGCUGCUGCUUCUGCAUCAUGUUUAUAUAUAGUUUAUGGUCUCCUCUCUGCUUCUGGUGCAUGUGUGUGCAGCAAUGAGCUCACAGAUGACUUUUGACUAGAGUUUGAGCAUAUGAAGUGAUUUCCACCCCAGAUUAAUGGCAGUUUUCUGAUGCAUCAUACAGGCUAACCUCUGUGUUUUUUCGUUUUUUUUUUCUAGUCAUACAUUCAGUGUAAACAUGUGGACUACCGGUCAGAGCGGAUAGAGGACUACUAUGACAUCCAGCUUAGCAUAAAAGGAAAGAAAAAUAGUAAGUAGAAUCAUUAGCAGUUAAUUUGUAUUUCAUCUUUCAAACAGCGACCCAGCAGUAAAAGGCUGGACAGAUUUUGAUGUUAUAGACAUGGGUUUAGGCUCACAUUUCUAUGCAGGGGAAAAGACGCCAUUACAUGAGAGUCACUAAUAUGGAUGUUUUUCUUUCUGCUUAAUUCCAGUCUUUGAGUCAUUCAAAGAUUAUGUCGCAACAGAGCAGUUAGAUGGAGACAACAAAUAUGAUGCAGGAGAGCAUGGCCUGCAGGUGAGUCUGAACUGCUGUAAAUGAUUUAUGUGGUUUUAAGUCUUUUUUUUUGUAAUCUAAAAUGAUAACAUCUGAUUUUCAGAGUGAUUAAUUUUGCUAAUUCAAACUUAUAUUUAAAUGUAAUAUUUAAAAUUAAAUAUAUAGUACAAUUUCUAUGUAAACUAAAUUCAUGUAUUUUGGUGUUUUUGUUGGCAGGAGGCAGAAAAGGGAGUUAAGUUCCUCACCUUCCCUCCAAUUCUUCACCUGCAGCUAAUGAGGUUCAUGUAUGACCCUCAGACUGACCAAAACAUCAAGAUCAACGACAGGUAUGAAAAAGGCUCACAACCUUAGCGCAGACUGCUUAAAACAUUUUGAUGGCUGUUAGCAUUACAUACAUACCAUUAGCCAUAAUUGAAUUAGAUUUGUCCUGCCGUCAUUCUCCCACAACACAUCAGAGGCUGUUGUACAGACAUCAUCUUAGUGACAGGUCUGCUCUAUAUUAAUGUAGGGUUAAAGGAUCAGUCUAUUUCCAGAAACAGAACAGUGAGCAGCACACUGACUUCCUGCACUGAGCCAGUAAGAGAAAGUGAGUCACUGAGAGUGCUUCCUGUUGGCUGUAUCACAGUGUAUGUGGUAGCUAAUAGCAUUUAAACAAUCCACCUGGAUGAUGUGACUCUGAGGGAGCACACACACACACGUGAAGCCAGCCUAAUCUGCUAAUUUUCCUUGUGGUGUUUCAUCAAUCUAUGAGUCAUCCUUUUGAUGACACCACCAGCACCUGGCCCCCUGAGGGCUUUAUUUAUUUACACACUCACACAGAUAUACACUCUCCUUUUUCCCUCAUGUGUUUUCUCCUGUCUUGGUAUUUCUUAUCCUUCAGUUUUCCUCCCUUGACUUUCUUUUCUACUGUUUCCUUACUUUGCCAACCAAUCCUGCUUAUCCAAGUCUUCUCCGUCUUCAGACAUUACCUUUCCACAUCAUUCCACCAUCCGUCCUCUAAACUGCUUAUCCCCUCUCUCCUGUCCUCAACAGGUUUGAGUUUCCAGAUCAGUUACCACUGGAUGAGUUCCUUCAGAAGCCAGACUCCAAGGACCCGGCCAACUACAUCCUGCAUGCAGUGCUUGUGCACAGUGGGGACAACCAUGGCGGUCACUACGUCGUCUAUCUUAACCCAAAAGGAGACGGCAAAGUGAGUGUCAAGGAACCAAUAGUGAGGACAACUUUUUUUAUACACUUUUCACCCAAAAAUUCUGUGGGCUUGUUCGGGGUUUUUGCGCUUAAAGCUUUGAAACACUCGCACCAUAAACUAAAGGAAUCAAUGGGUGCUCAACAAAAUCUUACAUCUACUCUGUAAGCAUGAUGCCCAUACAUCAUAUGAUAGAGUUUAAUAUUUCAACAGAUUACCAAGAAACCGACUGUGGGAAAUGAUGCCACUAAAUGGUUGAUACUUCUGAUGAUAGAAGUGUUAUAAAAAGUUAAUUUGCUCACAAGAAAUUUCAAAAUGUCCCAAGUACAAUGUUAAAACCAGGUGAAUCAUGAAGUUAGCUCCCCACUCAGCAUGAGACUUUAUAAUUAAUGCUAACAGAAGCUUACUUAGCAGUAGGAUAUCUUUUAUAUCUAAAGAGCCAACCAUCCAAAGAAAGGUUUGAAUUAAGGAUUUAGUGGAAUAAGUUCUGCUUGUUAGGAAUGUACCAUAGGCAACAAAUGCAGCUUUUGUUGCUGACAAAGCAUGUGACUUCAAUCAAGCUCAGUCUUUGUACUGUCUGUUUUUUUUCCACACUAAACGUAAAUCCACGCUAAUUCUGCAAAUCCACAGUACAGCCAAAUUUAAGUGGGAUUUUUCAACAAUGAUUUCAGAAGGAUAAAGAAUUCAGAUUUACAAUAUGGCAGUUUGAAGUGGGUUUCUUUUUAACUGAAAUGAAAAUACAUGAGGUUUUUUAACCUUCAAAAAUGACUUAGCAGAGGUACUAAUAGGGCUUCCUCUUAAGUAAAUAACUUCAUAAAGAGAUGUUGGACACAGUUUAACAUUGGGGAUUAAAUAUUACUUUGCUGUGAAGCUCUGCAGCAUGUGACACAGGGCUGAGUUGUAGGGAUCUGCGCAUGAAGUUGAUUGAAUUACAUCACCCUCACUGGCCAGCACCACAGUUACUAGUCAGUCAGACUAUACUUUUAUGAUUGUUGGGCCAAAAUGCCAGUCUUAUGUUGUCUGUAAACUGUAGCGUAGCCCCCCCCCCCCAAUUUAAGCUUUAGCUUGAGUUGGUGGCUAUUGCCAUCACACUCUCAAGAUUAAUUUUAGUUUAAUUGAGUAUUAGGAAGCUGCAUGUUGGUAUUGGAGCUCAUUAUAUUCAAAGUAUGUGAGAAUGGUUACCCAUCAGAAGUAGUCUGAACUGCUCUUUUCUUUUCACGUUUUCUCCCUUCUCCUUCCUCUCAUCCAUCAUUCUAUCUCUCUCUUUCCAGUGGUGUAAGUUUGAUGAUGAUGUGGUGUCCCGGUGCACCAAGGAGGAGGCCAUAGAACACAACUAUGGCGGGCAUGAUGAUGACCUCUCUGUGCGCCACUGCACCAACGCAUAUAUGUUGGUCUACAUUCGAGAGUCCAAGCUUAGUGAGUCACACAAUGUCUCCCUGGCUUGCAUGUAACAAUUAACCGCCCUAUAAGCACUUGAAAGGUUUCUGUAAACAGCCUGUGAGAAAAUUCAAUUUAUGGCACUGAAAUUGUGUUGAAAUUUUGGUAUCAUGCCUCUAAUUGUUACUCUCAUUUUCAUAUCUCCUACCUCAGGUGAAGUUCUUCAGCCGAUGACUGAUGUGGACAUCCCUCAGCAGCUAGUGGAGCGUCUGCAGGAGGAGAAAAGGGUGGAGGCACAGAAGAGGAAGGAGCGCCAAGAGGCUCACCUCUACAUGCAGGUCCAGGUAGGAAUCAACCACAGCUAAUGUUGAAGUGGAUAUUUACAAUUUUAGAAAGAUGCUUCUGAAAGCUGUUUGAAGCUGAUGCACGGAAGUAUGCACAGAAACAUAUCUGCCAUAUUGGCUUUAUUUUACUUUGGACCACAGGAAUAGAGGCCCCCUUGUCAUUUUUCAGUUUUUUAAGACCCACUACGACAGUUUUUUUUCUACUAUAAGUGUUCUCAGUCGUCUUUAAGUUGUGAGUAUGAACUUAAUAGCUAAAAUCGCGUUACGUGUGUCAUUUUUAAGGACUUUUCUUCUGCAGAGCUCCAGUAGCUCAUUAGCAAUUCACCUCUGAGUCAUGGGCGGAAACAGCGCUGCUCUGCACACUCAUCUUCAUGCUAGCUUGCAGGCUAACAUUGCAGGUGUAGUAGAAGUGGCAGGUAACACAGGAACUAUUCAGCUCUCGGACACUAACGUGAUGAAAGCUAGUAUCAUAAUUAGCUUUCUUGUGAGCAUAGCAAUCUGCUACCGCACACGCUUGUUCCGCGUUUGUCCUCUCUACUUAACCGAACCUGGCCUAAAAACUCGGGGUGCCGAGGGCUGAGCUUGCAGUAGUGACGUAGGAAAUCUCACUGUCUGAACCUGCCAUUUGGGUCUGCCAAAAGUUCACAGCGAUUUAGAUGCAGAAAUACUCGGAAAUGCAAUUUUGCAAUACCUUUUCUCAUGAUAUAUCCUCUACCAUCAGAAAAUUGCCAUAUGAACCUGUAAUAAAAAAAACAAGAAAAAAAUGAUUUCAUUGGAGUGGGUCUUUAAGUAUCACUGAGUAUAAACAUGACAGACUAGCAGACUGAAGGCCUGCAGAGUUUGUUCCUUCGGAGUGUGCAGUAAGGGAUAUGCUCCUCAUCGCAUUAGGCCUGCUGAAUGUAAAACUGCUGAGAUUUAUAAGCCAGCAUAAACUCCAUGUUUUAUGUGUUGCAGUUGAUGUGACUUUACCAAGCUCUUUGUAUACACUGGAUUGAAUCAGAUAUUCUUCUGAAAGGUUCGACAUUAAAAAUGAAUACAGGAUGUGUUAAAAGCUAGUGCAAAGAGGUCAACCAGUGAAGUGUUCAAACAAACAAAUCAGCAGUGAUGAGAUUUUUGUUUUUACUUGCUGAACUUGGCUAAGAUUUUUAGCACAACCUGUACAACCUCCACUAGUGACACUGGGACCUGAACCACAUGUCGUGUUGCACGUGAGACAGUUUUUCUAAUUGACAGUUAUAUGCAAAAUAAAGAGUGAAUUUGUUGUUGGUUGAAAGCAUGGCUUUAUUUGCACAGAGAAAUACCAAGUCUCUGUAAUUUAUUCACUCGUUACUCUAAUUGUGAUAGUCUGUUUGUAAUUGAAGCAAACAUAAAACAAGGCAAACAUCUGUUUCUUCUAUAAAUAGAUUCUCUUUAAAUAUGGACAUUUGGUAAUGUCUGUUAAUGGCAAUUCAGUAUGCAUUUUACACAUGUAAUUAGUCACUGUUUUCUGCUGGUUAUGUCUUCUCAGAUUUUCAUAUCUGUCUGUUCUGGUAAUGAACUUUGUCAGCUAUUAUCUGCAGACAUUGAUUAUUUGCUCAUUAUGUUGUGCAGCCCUACUUUUUUGUGGAUUUUCUUGUCCAUACAAUUCUUCUCUGCACACUUUUAGGUUUUACUGUAAUGCUUCCCUCAUACGGCUCCCUCCUGUUUGCAGGUCACUCCAUUCACAUUGGCCAAAGUUUAGUAUGGGGGACUUGCAUAUCUGUAAUUCAUAAUUUACCAAUGUAUGAUUACCUGCAGUCAAAGCUAAUAACCUCAGAGUGCUCUAUCAGAAACCUGGUGACUAGUGAACACAGGGAUUCACCAUGUGAUACAACUGCUUCACAGAACACUGAUCCAACCGGUUUUUAAGUUUUUGACUGCUAACUGACACCUUUUUAAAAUGGUAGGUGAGCCACACAAGUGAGCACAAGCCUCCUUUUCUGUUUUUUGAACAAGUGGUGAAGUAAUGAUAAUAAUAAUAAUGCAUCAGAUUUUUAUAGUGCUUUAUCAGAGACCUUCACAGCGCUUUACAUUGGAUACAUCAUUCAUUCAGCCACACAGUCACACCCUGGUGGUGGUAAACUUCCUUAGUAGUCAAAACAUGGCUGCCAGUUUGCGCUUAUGGCCGUACAGUUACUAUUACUGAACAAAUUUGGAGCAGUCUUUAUGCUCUCUGCUUGGGUUUGCCUGUUUGCUGUCAUUUUGUUGUCAGCUCUAAUCCCUGAGAGUAGCUGGUAGAGGAAAUGACGAUUCAGAAGUGACUUGCUACAUAUAAAAAAGAGUUUUCAAACUUGGGAUGUAUGGUUCAGUAAAAAUAAAAUUUGAUAUCAACAGAAGUUGUAACAUACUACAUCUUUGUUGCUGUUUUUCUGUCUCAUGAAGAAUCUGAAAUUUGAUUUCAGAAAGUGUGCAGCAGAGCCAGGCAAUUAAUGGUUUUGAUUUUAACCAUGAUUUCACGGGUAAAACCCACAGGGUCCGGAACGGCUCCGCUCUGGCACAGACGGUGGAUCAAAUCUGCAAGCAUUAUAAUCAAUGUGAGUCAUUCCACAGAAUCCAUCCGGCGUCCGGCUCCACUGCGGAUCGGCUCCGGGAGCCGGAUCAGAUACGCAAGGCUUCUUUUUUUGCCGGAUGCCAGAGCAUGGCGCAUCAUUUCAGUGCAGCGCAGCACAAGCAGCAGCGGAAGUUGUACGCAGUUACAGAGUAACAUACCCGAUUAAAUUUCAAAAUAAAAUCAAUACAUUGAACUGUUGUUAACUUGAUAAUAGGAGAGGCCAAGGUUGUGGGAUGUGAGUUUUUAUAUACACCGCUGUUUAUAUACACCAAUUGGCGGAUCUCAUUCUAUGACUCCCAGGGAAACACGCGAGAGUUCGUGAGAUCUCGUUCAGUCUUGUGAGAAAUAUCGGUAAUCUCGCGAGCGCUUCUCCUCUGAUGGCAGCGGCGGAUCCGAUCUGGUGGGUGCUGUAGACUUGCUGAUCUGAUCCGCCUGCUGGUCCAGAGCGGAGCGGAGCUGUUCCAGAUCCUGUGGGUUUUAGUGGAGCGGGAAUAUGAGAUAAUAGUGCAAAUGGUGAUACAAGCAUGAAAUUUGGUACAGAGAUCCUUUAUACCACUACUAAUCAUAAUACACUCUUGAUCAAAAUCUUAAGACCAGUUAAAAACCUGCAAGAAUUUAUAUUUAGCACUGUUGGACCUUAAGACGGUUCUUAGUAGAGCUUCAAAAUGCAAAAAGAAGAAAUGGGAACAAGAGACCAAAAAUUUUGAGCAGGUAAUUUAUUGAAAACAACAAUUUAACUGAAAUAGGCUGUUCAUCAGCUGAUCAAAAGUUUAAGACCACAGCCUUUAAAAGCCCAAAUCUGUGCGAAAAUUUGGAUUCCAUGUCGUUUCUUGUCAAGGGGUCACACUGUCAACAUCUCUUGAUGGCAAAGCCAAAAAAGCUCACUGCUUUUGAAUCUGGUAGGAUUGUUGAGCUGCAUAAAAAAGGCCUCUCACAACGUGCCAUCGCUGCUGAGGUUGGACGCAGUAAGACCGUUAUUUUCAUUUCUUAAAAGAUCCGGAGGGUUAUGGAACAAAAAAAUCAAGUGGUAGACCCCAAAAAAUCUCACUAGCGCUGAGCCGGAGGAUCCAAACGUGUGUCCGUGAAGACGCGGGACAAUCCUCAUCCCAAAUUAAGGCCAUUACAGGCGCUGACUGCAGCCCAAUAACAAUCAGAUGACAUCUGCGAAGGAAGGGCUUCAAAAACAAAAAAAAGUCUUCAAAGGCCACGUCUCCUUUAACUCCACAAAUUUGCCCAUUUGGGCUUUGCGAGGGAGCACCAAACAUGGGACCUUCAAAGGUGGAAGAAAGUUUUAUUCUCUGAUGAGAAAAAAUUUAACCUCGAUGGUCCUGAUGGCUUCCAACGCUACUCUUAUCACUCUGCUGCAGCUAUAAAUCAUACAUUUACCCUACCUUUGAAAUAAUAUAAUAUUUUUUAGGUAUUUAUACCAAUUAAAAACAACAUAUUAGGUUCCAAUAUGGCAGCAAAUAUCCAAUAUGGCGGCCUAGUCAAACUCUAAAUUGCUGAUUUUUGAAAGGAUGGUCAAAAUGGUGAUACAACUAUAUAAUUUGGUACAUAUGACCUUUAUAUGACCAUAUUUUAGAAUCAACCUUUGGCUAAGCAGAUUUCAACCAUUUUAAAAGAUGGCCGCCCAGAAAUAGAAAUGGGAAGAAUUUGGUAUUUUGUUGGUCAUUAUAGCUGCUGUUUGGAAGUUUGUCAUAUAUUUAUUCAUAAUAGAUCAGAGUUAUUUAUAUGUCAUAGACAUGAGCUAUUAUGAAAGGCCAUAUUUGUUUUAAAAAUGGCCACACCAUAUAACAUGACAAAUCAAUAAUAUAUUGUGUAGUGUCAUUACACUACCAGGGCACACUGGUUGACACUAUAGCUGUGAGACUCAGCAUGGGGUUCAAUGCUAGCUAGUAAAUUUGUCUAAAUAAAUUGUCUAGUUUCCUAAAUGCUGUUUAGCUUGCCCCAAGUUAAAGUUAAACAGCUGCACCUGAAUUGACAGGAUGUGCCAGCGUGGGAGAGCCGAGCCAAGGAAGAUGGGGCUUUAGUCUUCUGGAAGGUGAACAGCUCACACAGGAAUUAAAUAGCAUUGGAUGAAUGAUCGGGCUGGGGGUAGGGUAGUGAUCUUGUUAUUAUCUGAGCCCAGUUGUAUCCUAUACUUUAAAGUGUAGAGUAGUAUAGUAAGUUGUCUUUAAUAGGUGGUAUAUAAGGAUAAUCCCUCGGCCUAGACAACAGCAAUGGACACACAGACAGAAAUACCCUCCACACCUUUGUCACAGGCAGAUAGUAGGCCUGUAUCUAGUCCAACCAAUUGGGAAUUAUGCUGUUUGUGCCAACAAAACAUCAGUGAAAGGUUAACUAAUGCCACAGGCAGUGGUUAUCUGACAUUGGCUAACAAUAUUCCCGAAUUUCACAAAAUGAACUGCAUGCCAGUUCUUUUUGACCCAAAGCGACUUGAUGAUGGUGAUGGAAUUUAAAAGCACAAAAAAACAAACAAAAACAAACAAACACAUACAAACAAAAAAACUACCUACCUAGGGCCCAGUCAGUACCCACAUGGACAGCCGAAGUGGGAACCAAGUGUAUCCCACGAACUUCCCAAAUAGCAAGCCCACCUUGAAACAUAUGUGGGUCCUACCUGGGCGUGCUGGUUUGGGUAAUGGUACCUAUGUCACUAAAAUGCAAACAAAUCACUUUAAAUGUGUCAUCAUAAAUUGAUUCUAUCUAUGGAAAUAAAUACAACUAUGUGCUGCAUGCUCUUAUGGCUUAACCGUGAACUGCAGUAUAUUUCUGCUAUUUAUUGGCAGCCAUAUUGGAAAUUUGCCACCAUAUUGGAACCUAAUAUCUUAUGUUUAAUUGGAAUAAAUACCUAAAACAUUAUAAUAAAUUAAAAUGAGGGUAUGUGUAAGUUUUAUAGCUGCAGCAAAGUGAUACAGUCCAAGUCCAUGUUGACCUGGUGACAGCCAUUUCUAAAAGCUCGCGGGCAUCAUGAAAAAUGGCGCCGCCCAGGUGGCCAGAGGUUAUAUUAUGAUUAGUAGUGGUAUUAAGGAUAUCUGUACCAAAUUUCAUGCUUGUAUCACCAUUUGCACUAUCGCCUCAAAAAUCAGCAUAUUCCCGCUAGACUAUUUAGCCAGUUAGCCCCCCCAGGAUCAUAAAAAGAAGAUAAUUGAAACUAAGCCAUUGUUGUGCCCCCUGCUGAGUUGCCCUGUUUUGUGAAACCAAGUUUGGGAGCAUGAGGAAGUUGUGGCUCCUGCUAAGAUUAACUGUGGUCUGCUGUAUGUUUUAGCAUUUUGAGCCACAGCAGUAUAAACUAUCAGGCAGCCACAGUAGCGGGGUGGAUAAUAGCAUAUUACAGGAGAAUUGUUCACUUGCGGAUAAAAGCACCAAAAUUGGCACACAUACUCCUUAGAAGUUGCUCUUUUGAUAUUUCCGUCUAGACAAAUGAAAAUUCAAGAUGGCGGCCAUUUUUCAAGAUGGCCACCAUUGAAAAUACAGUAAUAUUGCAUUUUGCAAUAAAAUCCCAUAGACUUGUCCUAUUUGGAUGAACUUGGUGUCAAAUCAUACAUUUUCCACUAUGCAGAAUCCAAAUUUGGACCCAUGGACUUACUUACUGGCUUCCUUGUACAAUAUUUUUCUUUUAUUCUGGUGUUUAUGAGGUUUACAUUAUGUCCGACUUGGGUAAAAUGGUUGGUAACCUUAUCUUAGUUGUUGUUGCAGGGUGACAGCUUUGGGCAAAAGUCCCUCAAAAUGGCAAAACUUUCUGAGGGAAAAUGACAACAAAGCCGAGCUGUUCAGCUUUCUGGCUGAUCAGAUAGCAUGUGUGGCCUCACCAAAUGUGGUCAUUGUGACCAAGGAAGAUGAUGUUAUCAGCAACAGUACGAUUAAUCUGGCUGGGGUGGCACCAUGCAGUCAUGAAGAAGCUGACACCCGGAUCUUUGUGCAUGCCAGGCAUGCCACAGAAGCAGGCAGCAAGGUCAUCAUGGUCAAAGCCAACGACACAGAUGUUGUCAUUGCAGUGAGUGUUCUGCAGGCUCUUCAGAACCUCGGUCCGCAGCAGUUGUGGGUUGCCUUUGGCCAAAGACAGAACCUGAAGUGGAUUCCAGUUCAUGACCUGUGUGGCACUCUUGCAGAAAAGAGCAAAGGGAUGCUCUUCUUCCAUGCAUUCACUGGUUGCGAUGUUGUUUCAGCAUUCCGUGGCAAAGGGAAGAAGUCUGCUUGGCAAACCUGGAAUGUUUGUGAUGAGGCUUCCAAUGUCUUCAGCAAACUCAGCCAUUACCCACCUGUAUUGGAUGAUGAAGACCUGAAAACCAUGGAGAAGUUUGUGGUCAUGUUGUACGACAAAUCCAGCACAGCUGAAGGUGUCGACGAUGCAAAGUUGGACAUUUUUGCUCGGAAGCAGAGGCCGUACAAAGCCAUUCCUCCAACUCGAUCGGCACUUAAGCAACAUGUCAUGCGUGCAUCCUACCAAGCGGGCUGCAUCUGGAGUCAGUCAAUAGUAUGUCAACCAGAAACACAUAGUCCUGCCAACUGGGGAUGGACCAAGAAAGAAGAUCUGUGGCAGAUUGUUUGGACAGAGCUCCCACCCAUUGCAGAGAGUUGCCAGCAGCUGACCAAGUGUGGAUGCAAGUCGGAAUGCUGCGGUAGAUGCAAAUGCUACUGCUUCGGUCUGACCUGCACGGCACGGCACUGUGCAGCUGCAGGUGUGAGGUUUAGAAACGCUAUAGUAAAAGCCUACUCAUCCAAACAGCCUACAUGUAAAAAAAAAAAAAAAAACCUGCCUAGGUGGGAUCACCACCUUAUCGUGGUGGGGCAGUUUGUGUGUCUCCAUGACCCCUAGAGCUAUGCCGGUUGGAGUAUUGUACUCCUGGCAGGGUCACCCACGCCAAAUAGCUCGAAGGAUAGAGACCAGACAAAGAGUGAUCCCAUGGUGCUACCAUGCAUUUUAGGUGAAAUUAAAAUUUAUCAGAAUAUUAGGAUUCGCGCCGCCGCCCCAACCCACCCACACACCACACACCACACCUCACACACACACACACACACACACACACACGUGCGGCACACACUAGACCUCUAACAACACUGAGAUAUAGGCUACCAACCAUUUUACUCGAGUCUCACAUGAUGUAGAUCUAAUUAGGAUCAGAAUAUUAGGAUUCCGGGACUGAAAUAUGGUACAAGGAAGCCAGUAAGUAAGUCCAUGGGUCCAAAUUUGGAUUCUGCAUAGUGUAAAAUGUAUUUGUAUUUGACACCAAGUUCAUCCAAAUAGGACAAGUCUAUGGGAUUUUAUUGCAAAAUGCUAUAUUACUGUAUUUUCAAUGGUGGCCAGCUUGAAAAAUGGUGGCCAUCUCGAAUUUUCAUUUGGCCAGAGGGAAAUAUCAAAAGAGCAACUUCUAAGGAGUACGUGUGCCAAUUUUGGUGCUUUUAUCCGCAAGUGAACGAUUAUUACAGUUAUCUGCCCAGCUACAGGUGGACAGAAGAGAGAGCAGGGAGAAUAGCAGCAGGGACGGGAGGGAGGGAGGAGGAGAGAGGAGAGCAGCAGGAGGAGGAGGCAGGUGUAUGUCUGUGUAUGGCAGAAUGAGCUGGCUGAGGUUAUCUUUUGCCAUAAUCCUAAUGAUUUUGAGAUCUAGUGUGCUGCAACUAUGUUAGUCUCUUGAUUUGAAAAGCAUUCUGCUCAUACAUGCUUGUAUCUUUGAAAAAACGUAACCUCUUGUAAGACUUCCAUAUUAAAAUGCAUCAUGUCUAUGGAUCUGAUAUUGUCAACACUUUAGAUUUAGGAUAUUGAGAUGGAGGACUUAAGGAGCUAGCAUGUGGGUGGUACCCUUUAUAGCCUUUGCUUGUGACACACAUAGAGGGUUUUCCAAGCAGCCAGCCUCCUUUUGGCAAAAUAGUUCGCUCACAUGCAGGCAGGCCAGGGAAAACAACUGUACGCUCAAGCAGAAGCAGAAACUGAUUUAUCACUCUAGCAUGUUGACACACAGUCUAUGUGUCAACAUGCUAUAAAGAGGACCAAGUGCUAAUGAGAAAACAGCUUUUUAAGGGAUAAUGUUUGCAAGAUAUUAACUGCUUUGCCUUUUACUUACUGAGGUUUGAAACUAGGGCAGAUGACAAGAUUUUUCUCAUUCACUCUGGAUGUUACAUGGGGAUUCAAUGAAUGGAUCUCAAUUAGGAGGAUGUUGUUGUAACUCUAGUAUAUAUGUCAGAUGAAACAUUAUCAAGAGACCCUUUUCCCAUUUGUCUAAGAUCAUCUCAGGAGAGUUUCUGUUUUAGUUCCUCAGAAACACAGUCCAUGGUUAAUAGGAAAAAGACUAAAAUGUUCCUAUAUUUUGAAUUUUGGACAUACUUAGUCUUUUUUGUCCAUUUUCCCCAAGCCUUCUGCUCUUUCUUUUUGUGUUUUGGUUUCACCGAGAGCUGAUAAAGUUGAUUUUCCUCACUUGUUCUCUCCCUUUGCACAGAUGGUAACAGAGGACCAGUUCUGUGGUCAUCAGGGCAACGACAUGUAUGAUGAGGAGAAGGUGAAGUACACGGUCUUCAAAGUCCUGAAGAGCUCGACGCUGCAAGAGUUUGUCCAGAACCUCUCUCAGACCAUGGUGAGAGCUGUUUGUUUGUGUGUGAGGGAAACGUGUAGCAGUCUCAACUCUGAAAUCAGUGCUGUGAUCAUGAAACUGGUUUGUUACCAAUUUGUGGAGCAACUGUGUCUUCCCUUAUAUAAUGCUGAACCACAGCUGUGAACAUGGGUGUCAAAGGCUUGUUGAGUUUCAUGUUUGUCUCUUAUGUGUACCUGUAAGACUGUUGUCAGUAUACUCAUGAAUUCUCACUUUAAUGGAUCCACACUUUCUGACUGUAAACCUGUAAAUAUAUGAACCACAGUUUUAAGUGUGAUUCUUCUUCUAAUGUUGUAACCUUCAUUCCUGUACAGCUUCUAAACUUCUGUAAACUUGUCCUGAUUUACCCGCCUGUCCUAGUGUGCCUGAUCUGCCGGAUUUAACUUUAUGAUGUUUUGCUCUUUCAGCUUCUGCACAAAUUCACAUUAAUAUUCCUGUUUCACUGUUUUGCUGCAGGGUUUCCCACAGGACCAGAUGAGGCUGUGGCCCAUGCAGGCCCGGAGCAACGGAACCAAGCGGCCCGCAAUGCUGGACUACGAGGCUGACUGCAACAAGUCGGUAAGUGUUUGUGUCUGUGGGUGUGACCUGUGAAAGUAUUUCUAGUACACUGAAAACUUUUUGUUCUGUAGUUCAUAGCUGCCAUCAGGUGAGAAAGUACUGUGUCAAAACUUUGCAGUAGGUUCGAUAUUUAGCCUUACACAGUUGAAUCAGCAGAACAAAAUUUUUACCAACAGGACUCGCAGCUGGAAAAGUUUUAAGGAAUGAAAAAGAUCACUGACACUGUGCCCAUCAACCAAUUCAGCCUGUUACAGGAAUGCAUUGCUUCUAUUUUAGGUAAAAGGUUAGAUCUGGAGUGAGGAAAAUAUGACAACUUUUAAAAGUCCAGCAGUCCACCUCAAAUCAUUUUGUCCCAGCAUUGUAUUGUCAACAAAGACAAAACCUAUAUACAUCUGAAUCCACACAACAUUUAUCCCUCUAUAGAGUCCCUGAAUUUUGGAAAUACCUCUCCUUCUGUGUGAAUUGUAAUUUCAAUAAUGCUGCUCUUGUCUGUGUUGUGCCAAGGUCAGACUACAUUAUCUUUUUGUGUGAGGUUUAGUGACAACAGCACUAGGGAUGCAACAAAAAUUUCUCACCGAAACAACACAGCCAAAAAAAAUCUUGUGAUGAUGCAAGCAGAAACCACAGCCAGCAUGCGCCUGUCUGGAUAAGGGCCAACAUGUCUGGGGUGUGGACAUACUUCAACACAUCUGAGAACCAGGGAUAGUGAAUUGCAUAGCAUGUAACGCUAAAAUUUCAAGAGGGGGUGCAUCUGCAAAGUUUCUUAAUCCAAACAUCCUGACCGCCAUUCUGAAUAUGAGAAGAACGCGGCACAGAACAGGAAAAUCCCUCCAAACGUCCACCACCAUUUGUGGCGGACAUUUUUUGAAAGGCAAGAAAGUUGCUCAGUGAUGGUGCAAAGGCAAAGAACAUUACACAAAAAAUGGUGGACUUUACUGCCUAAGAUGAUCAGCUGUUCUCUGUUGUAGAGGAUGUUGGAUUUCUGCGGUUUUUGAGCACACUGAGCCCCAUUAUGUUCGAGAAGAUGACAUUUUUAAGACAUGUUCACAUGAGCCGUUAAUGAUAAUGGAACUCAUGUUGCAAUUGGAUAAAUUAAUAUCAAUUUAAUGUUAAUUAAAUUCAAUAUUUUAUGUUGAUAAAUUUAAAUUAAUGUUCAAUGUUAAUUUAUGCAAUUGCAAUGCCUUAAUUUUAGUGAGGUUAGUACACAGUCAGAGUCAUAGAUGCAAUGGUACUAAUAAUUGUCAUAAUAAUUUCUUUUUAGUGUUUCGUGUUUUUGCCUUGGUCUCCUCAUUUUCCGUUUUCAGUUUCGGCCAAGAAUUUUCAUUUCGGUGCAUUCCUAAACAGAACCAUAACAUUGUGCCGUGACUUGAUUAAGGAUACAUCAAGAGGACGUUGAAAGAUAGAGGGUUUGGGUAAAAAACUCCCAGAAAUACUAACAGCAGUUACUCACUGGGUGGCAGAGGUAUCUGCUAUUCCUAACAUACUUUUUCUUCUUGUGGUCAGUCAUGAUUUUCCAGCAAUGACACAUCAAAAAAGCAGAGAUGUAGUUACCAACAUUUGACAAACUUUUCUCUUGUCUUAUGGUUCCAUCUUGCAGCACCAGCUUCACCAGUCCUUCUUUGCCUCAAUAUUUUGUUCAUUUACACUUUUAACAUUGGUACCACAUGCAGAGCACUCUUCUCUCAUUGGACGAUUUUGAUCAUAGAGGGCAGAGAGAAAAAUCCAAGAUACUACAUUUUCUGUGGGGAAGUUUUGAGGCGUCGUGGAUGUAACCUUCCUGACUCCCUACGACUGCCAGAUCAGGCUAUAGUCAUGCUUAAUGUCUGCAGUCUGACAGCUAUAGCCCGGUGCACAAGUUAGGUUUCUCAUUCUCCUCUAAAAUGAGAAUUUUGUUUAUGUUUGUGCUUCAGAUGAUUGACUUGAGCGACAAUGAGAACCCCUGGACAAUAUUUCUGGAGACUGUGGAUCCAGAGAUGGCUGCCAGCGGGGCUACGUUACCCAAGUUUGACAAAGACCGUAAGUCCAACACACGAUUUUCAUGUUUCAGUUUUAUGAUUCAGUGAUUUGACGUUUAGCCGGACCCACAGCAGCUUGACCCACAUUUCUUCCAUUUAGCUUACAGUGUGUUGUAUUUGUACAGACACAGUUCAACUUGAAUCAGUAGAAAUGCUUCUAUCUAGGCUAUAAUCACUGUUACGAUUUCUUUCUUCCUUUAUUAGCAAACCAAUUAUAACUGUUAAUCAUUUUCAUUUCGACACUAGCUGCCAUCCUUUGAGCAAUUUCAGAUCUUGAUUUCCUGACAAAGCAGAACUUUCUCUAACUUUUCAGUCCUCUGCCCAUCUUUGCAGAUGAUGUCAUGUUGUUCUUGAAGAUGUAUGACCCCAAAACCAGAAGCUUAAAUUAUUGUGGACAUAUCUACACACCUAUAUCCUGCAAAAUAAGUGAGUGGUGGCAAACUCAAAGUCUGUCCUUAGCUGAAUAUUCUAUCUUGUGCACUUAAUUAAAAAAAGGCUUCAAAGUAUCUAAUUAUGUUUGUGUGUUGCUCUCCUCUUGCUGUAAACAGGAGAUCUGCUGCCAGUCAUGUGUGAGCGAGCAGGGUUUCAGCAGGAAACUAGCCUUAUCCUCUAUGAGGUGAUCUAUUUAUGUAACACUCACUUACAGGCACAUUCCUCUCUCCUCUUCUCACUGGCUCUAUCUCCUAAGGCACUCCUUCACACUCACUUUCUCACGCUCUUCUCCCUGGCAGGCACUCUUGUGCAUCCUCUCACACUGUCAUAUGUAGCAUCUCUAUUUUCCCUCACACUCAGCCUUCUGUUGAUUGGAAUUUUUACACAUUCUCAACCAAGUACUUGCAAAUUAGCACACUGACUACAAUUCCCAUGAUGCCUUGUGUGUUACAGGAAGUAAAGCCCAACCUAACAGAGCGAAUACAGGACUAUGAUGUUUCUCUGGACAAGGCCCUGGAUGAGCUCAUGGAUGGGGACAUCAUUGUCUUCCAGAAGUAAGACUCACUGUGGUGUGUGUGUGUGUGUGUGUGUGUGUGUGUGUCUGUGUGUUUUCUCUCCAUUUUGAAAUGAAAUCCUGUCGAUGCAGAAGCAUGUCAGAACAAUAAGUGGUGAUUAGGUAUGAUCAGUCUGUCGUGUCAGAACACCACAGAAGAACAUUGUGCGCAGCUGCAUAAAGUGUCUACUUGAUCUAACAACAAUUAUAAACAGCAUUUUCCUUCUUUUUUAUAACCGAGUGCUGAAUUACAAACUAUGUAGCCUCAUGUACUUGCCCCAGGAUUGCAGUAUAAUCACAAGGAACAGGAAGCUUUCCUAAUGAGCAUUUAAUUGAACCUCGAUAGUGACGAGCAGACCUGAACAAAUCUGUGAGCCUGUGAAGUUCAUUUUACCAGCAUUUACCAACAUUUAAUUUUUUGUUAUCCACGCAAACCAACUGCGCAACGUUUUCAAAAAAUCUCCACCUUACAAAGUGUUCCCCAGAACCUCUAUUUUCAAAGUAACUUAAUGUCACUUAUGUGAGGAACUGUGGGCAAAGCAGUCUUUGCUUAUCUUGUCCUAUACAUGCUUAAAUCUCAUCCUGCUGACUUGUCACAGUCAAAUGUGCCAUUAGCUACCAAUAGUUGAUGUGAAAAGUGUUAAAUCUGGGCUGUUUCUUCAGCUGCUUAAUUUACACUGCUUAACCUCCUCACACUGAUCUCAGACACCAAAAAGUCUAACAUAAAAAUCAUCAAUCAUAUGACUGAAGGUCUUGUUUGCUGAUCUGUUUGGAUAUCAUGCAGAGGCAUCUGUAUGAACUUCAGUCGUUUUCUGGAGGAUCAAAAAAAUCCUUACAGUAGCUUUAUAACUGUUAAAAUAGGAAAAUGCUUAGAUGUAUUUAAAAUUCAAACUUGGCAUCACAUCCCCCUUUCCAGUUAAACAAAGCUCCAAAUGGUUCAUUAGGGCUGUCACUUUUGUGUGUGGAAAAAGUUCAUGUACAAACUGUAAUGAGCUGUUCAGAGACAUAGUAAUACAGUAUACCAGUGCAUCAUGGCACCUGUUUGGUCCAUAUUAAUCCUGUGUUUGCUUCAUACGCCCCCAUUUUGUCUCUCACCUCUUACCUCUCAGCUCCAUUGUCUUUUCUGUCUCUUCCUGUCAAAGCUUCUUAUUCUGUUCCUCUCUGACUUAUUUUCAUUCCUCUCUUUAAACACACAGGGACGACCCAGAGAAUGACAGCAGUGAGCUGCCGACAGCCAAGGACUAUUUCCGGGACCUGUACCACCGCGUGGACGUCAUUUUCUGUGACAAGACCAUCCACAAUGAUCCCGGAUUUGUAGUCACGCUUUCUAACCGCAUGAACUAUUUUCAGGUGAAGUAUUUGAACAAUCAAAUGCUCUUAAUCUUGAUGUUCUGAAUGUCAUCUAUUGAGCUUGAAAAUCAUGAAUGUACAUAGAUCUAUAGAUUCCUUUUUGGCGUUUCAAUAGCAGCACCCUUGAAACCUGGCAGGACGCUGACAGGAUGGUCCCCUCUCUAAAUGACUGUUUUGUGUGUUUGUCAGGUGGCAAAGACAGUAGCACAGAGGUUGAACACAGACCCCAUGCUGUUGCAGUUCUUCAAGUCACAGGGGUAGGAGGCUUGUCUCAUCCACACACACGCAUGCAUGCACACACACACACACACACACACACACACACACAGAUAUUAUGAGUAUGACUGAAAACUUCAAUCUUUUGUGAAGUUGAUUUAGAAUCAAGUAGCAUUUGUUUGCACACUGUUUUUGUUUUUACUACAGUUGUCAGUAGAAAUGUUGCGUAACCUGUCCCCCCCCACCUUUCUUUGUUGUUUUCCUCUAACUCCUCCCACUCUGCCUCCCUCCCCUUUCCCAUCCCCCUCUAUUCAUUUUUGCCAUCCCGCUGAAUUUUCUCCUCUCCUGUUCCGUUGACCCUCCUCUACCUCUUUUCUUUCUUUCUUUCCUUCUUUAUUUCCAACCACCUGUUUCUCUCUUCCUGGUAUCCUCUUCUCCCUCCCCUGCGUCAUCUUCCCCCCAUGCCUGGUGGUGUGGUGGCCAGGUACAGGGACGGUCCAGGGAAUCCUCUCAGACACAACUAUGAGGGAACAUUGCGGGACCUACUGCAAUUCUUCAAACCGCGACAGCCCAAGAAACUGUACUACCAGCAGGUAGGUAUACUCUUAGGCUUUGUUUUUGCAGUGUUUAAAAACAUCUGUGAGGAAGUUCUGGAACAGACUGGAAAGAAAAGCAAUAUUAAUGUGUGACCUACAAGAGCAUGAGAGACAGAAUAAUGAAUAAUAGUCAAAUAGUUAAUGUAUCAAUGAAUGUGUGCCCUGCUCUGGGUAUGACAUGCCGCAAAGUGCUGGGGACUGGAAUCAAUCUGGGCCUCCUGCUCGGAGGGCUGUAGCCUCUGUUUAUGGGGCAUUUGCCUUAAGAGUCAAGCCAAACUGGUGCCCCAGUGCAUGAGAAUUUAUGUGAAAUAUUUUACUCACAUGUUAAGGCCAGGGCAUUACAAUGAAGUGCCUUGUGUGCGGGUAGCAUCCCAGUUGACACAAACUGUUAUUUAUUUAUUCUUUCAGCUUGAAUCCUGAACUGUGGGGCCAAGACAAUGGCAGUAUUUAAACGGGUUCUUUCAGACAUCUUGCGAUGCAUACUUAGACACAUCAUCAGUGAUGUAACCCAGGGUCCUCGGGUGUUUCGGGUCUUUCAACAUCAUACACCCUCACCUGGGCGACCCAGCCAGGGUUGAUCAAGCCCCGACUUGUGUCUAAGUAGCUUUAGUGGUCCACGGUUCACCCCGCUUGAUCCACAGCCAUCUUGAUGCUCUCUCUGUGGCAUCACCUGCUGUGCAGCCCUCUCACUCCCAGCCUCUUCAGUGCCCUACAGAGAGACUGGCCCGCGAAGCCCCUAGACCCCACCUCAAUGGGGUCACACCAGGUCCUCCAACCAUUCUGUCGGCACUCGCUUGCCAGCUUCUCAUAUUUGGCCCUCUUCCUUUCAAAGGUUUCCUUCAUCCGGUCUUCCCAAGCAACAGUCAACUCCAACAUUACCACCUGUCUGGAUGUUUCUGACACCAGCACUAUGUCUGGCCUGAGUGAGGUCUCAGCGAUGGGAGUUGGAAAUUUGAGCUGUUUCCCUAGGUCCACCUUCAGCUGCCAGUCCCGGGCUGUUGUUAGAAGCCCUCCUGUUGUUCUUGAGUGGUGCACCUUCUCUCCAGCCUUGACAAAAGCUAUGGUGUUCUUUGCUGGUUGUUACUGCCUGCUCCUGAUGAUCCCUGAGCAGAUGACCUCUGUGAUGACCCGCAGCACCUGAUCAUGACGCCAGCGGUAGCGACCCUCUCCUAGGGCCCUCAUGCAGCUGCUCAGGAUGUGCCUCAGGGAUCCCCUUUUCAUGCAGAGUGGGCACGCAGGAGUCUCUGCUAGGCCCCAGCAAAAGAGGUUGGAUGGGCUUGGGAGGACGUCAUAGACUGACUGGAUCUGGAACUUUAUACGGUGUGGCUCAGACUUCCAAAGCUCUGACCACGACAUUUUCUGGUCCAGCACCUGCUUCCAUUGUGCCCAGGCACCCUGCUACCGCAUCCCCACAAUCUGGCUUGAGCGGGCCUCCUCCACCCCUGCUCGGAUUUCCUCCUGGACCAUUUGGCGCCUCUCUCUCCCCCUGACUAUGUCGAACCGAGGUUUCGGGUUGCUGCCAAGCCCAGCCCGUCCUGUUGUCACCACUCCCACCAGCACACUGUGCCUCAGCCAUGCUUCAGCCUAGUAUACUGUAUCUUGCGCCCUCCACUUCCUGCCAGUCCUGACCUCUAUGCCAGCUGAGGAGACCUUGGCACAGGAGACCGCUGUGCCACUCCGCCCGACAGAGAGUGGUGAGUUUCUUCCUCACAAUCUUGCGGAGCUCAGGAAGGCCACUCUUCUCCUUCUCCCUUGCUUGCUUGUACUGUACAGCCUAAGUUCCCGGCGCAACUGGCUGAUCUUUCCCUCCCUGCGAUUUGGCCUCCCUUCACCUUUUGAUGGUUGCUGCUCCUUCGUGCCAAACCUCUCUAUGGCAAUGCUCAUGAUCAUGGUGCACAUUGCUCGCAUCUUCUGGUCUGUAGUGCCUCUGGCAGUGGCUUCCAGCACUUGGUCCACAUCUUCAUCGAACUGGUGCCAUUCUCUCUCCUUACUGGUGGCAGGCCACUUAAUCCGGUGUUGGUCUGAGUGCCAAGUUUGGGGAGGGGCAGGUGGGGCUUGGAGGGACUGGGCUCUGUGGAGUGACUCCGGGCCGGGCUUCUCCUGCGUCUCACCAGGUGCUGGACCUGUGCGUUGCUCCACCUGCUUCCCUGUUAAGCAUCUCAUUUUGGCCUGGUGGAUCUUCAGGCCAUGCCGAUUCUUAAGGACCUUGCCACAUGUACAGACUGCACUUGUUGUCAUUAUUCCGUUAGCCUGGGUUGUUGCCUGUAAAUCCGUCCCGAGGUGCUCAUCCUUUCCCCCUCUCAGGCACCUCUGGGGGUAUAACUCGUCAGGGUUUUCCGUAGUUUGUUGUGGGUGCUCCCUUGCAGGAGCUGCAGUUUGGGAUGGUAACCCUCCCUGCCCCAGUUACUGUCUCUCCAGUUGUCCGCUGUCUUUCCAGCUGUCGCCAUGCUAUUCAUGGUAGUCAUCCAGCCUAUUCCCGGGCGUCACUGGCCAAGCCAGGUUGACAGGUUCUUUCAGACAUCUUGCGAUGCAUACUUAGACACAUCAUCAGUGAUGUAACCCAGGGUCCUCAGGUGUUUAUGAAAAUGGAAAACAUGAGUAUACCUUCAUAAAAAUUUCAUUCCGUCUACUUUUUUUUUUUUAUCGCUGCCAGAAUUAGGUCACAUAGAUUCAAUGUUUUCCUACUCAUCUGUACAGUUAACCAAUUUAAGGUAGAGAACCAGAUUUUUGUGUAAAUGUUGAGACGGUAAAUCCUCUGGUGCUGGACUGAGUGUUGAUAAGGCUCAGUUUGUGGUUUGUUGUCAUCUCUGAGUCAACAUAGAACUAGAGCUGUCCAAACCAGAUUACAUCUGUCAGCUUAGGUUGACUACCCCACUGUAUUCUUCUCUAAUUAAAGCUGCUGAUAACCUCAGCUCUCUGGUGCUUGGAGGGACUUGUUUGUCGCUGUGUGAUGUGUUGCAGAAACCUCUUGUGUCACCACAACAUUUCAAUUUUAAAGGAAACCUGUGGGAUCUGAAUCAUGAAAACAUAUUAUACAUCCACUAUAUAGAGUUACCAGCAACCCACAAUUGAUUACCAGCAUCCCCAAAGCAGCUCACAGCAUAACGAAACUCGACUGAUCAGUUUUUUCUUUUCACAGUUAAAGAUGAAAAUCACAGACUUUGAGAACAGGAGGAGUUUUAAAUCCAUAUGGCUCAACAGCCAGUUCAGAGAGGAGGUAAAACACACACCAUACCUAACAGUCUUAAUUACAACUCUUCUGCUGAAAUUACCACAGAUAUUUCAGUGUGCAUAACUCUAUUAAACUGUUUCUGUGUUUGUUGCAGGAGAUUACCCUCUACCCUGACAAGCACGGCUGUGUCCGUGACCUUUUGGAAGAAUGUAAAAAGGCAGUGGAGCUCUCUGAAAAAGGCUCUGAGAAGCUCAGGUAACCACCAUUGCAAAUAUGUGUGCCUGUGUGUGGCACAUGUUAGGUUAGUACGACCAAAACAUGUCUGAAGAGGUCACCACAGUUAAAGGAUGGCUUAUCAAGAGGUUAGGCUCACAAUGAUCAACAUUCCUAAAUCAAGCUAAGAAAGCCUUUUUUUUUUUUUUUUUAUUUAACAACAAAACAGAGUGACAAAAACAACAAAAUUUAACAAAAAUACUUUUGUGAGGGAGGGGAGGGGGAAAGAAUAUAUAUAUAAUAGAGAAUUUUAAAACACACACACACACACACACCCACACACACACACAUACACAUAUAUAUAUAUAUAUAUAUAUAUAUAUAUAUAAAUAUAUAUAUAAAAUAGAGAGAGGAAAAAAAAAAGAAUAUAUACACAUACACUACAGCUAAGAAAGACCUAAUAUCUUCCUGGAAUGCAGAAAUAAGAAACAGGGCUGUCCAGAUAACAUGAUAAUUUGGAUAAAGUCCCUCCAUCUGAAAAAGUGCCUACCCUGGAUGCCUGAAUUUGUGGUUGACUGUUUAGUUUGUUUAGCUGUCUCAGAGGUGCCCAGCCUUUUUCACACAGAGAUCUGCAAUCCGAGUUUGCAUUCUGCCAAAAUCUACUACUUCAGUGUCAGCAAUGCAAACAUACAUGCAAGUGCAAGGGCAAAAAGUUGCCAGUCUGCAUAGGUAGCCAUAGCUGUUGUAGAUAGCCUGACUUGAUAUUUAAUUCAAACAGGGGAGCACACCAGAUCCAGGCUGAAUUUGUGCAUAGUUGGAGAUGUGUGAGGAUAAACGUACCUUUCUGUCUCUGAUCUGGAAGACCUUCAGUCUGACCUUCAUUACUGUGUUUAGCCAGAACCUGGCUGAUGCUAUAAAGUGCUGUAGUUGCAGUCCUGGUUUUCGGUCUGAUGAAAAUUGGCUGCUUUGCUGCUAAUCGGCCCUUCAGCUCUCACACUGUCCACACACACACACACAAAUAUAUCUCAUAACAUAGUCUUUAAAUACUUUGGCAAGGCCACACGUACAUUACAGAAGAUGGAUAACUAGUUAUUCAGUACCAUUUACACUUACAUUUCAGGUUCAUGCUCUACCACAAGGCAACAUACCAAGGGUUCUAUCUUAGUGGAGACAAGUACAGAAACGGCGAUGGCUUACAGGGAUAAACAUGAUAAUUUGGAUAAAGUCCCUCCAUCUGAAAAAGUGCCUACCCUGGAUGCCUGAAUUUGUGGUUGACUGUUUAGUUUGUACUAUAUCCUUUCUACAUAAUUUCCUUGAAGUAAUAAUCACCAAAUUAAUCAUUUUGCACAGCAGACAUGGUAGUUCUGCUGCCUUAGCGUCUCGGUCUGAUUGCAUUUCCAUGAAGAAAUGAUCUUAAAUGUUCUUCCUCUGCAUAGGUAGCCCUGCUGUAGUCCGUAAUGGUCUUGUCCGAGGUCUCCGUACAAACAAGCGACUGCUGGACAAGGGUAGGGGAGUUGUGUUUAGUCUCUUUGCUAAAGAAAUUAGGCAAAGCUAAAAAGCUGUUUGCUGGCUAGUACUAUGGCUGGGACUCUAUAUGUACUGUUGAUGAAGUUAGGUGCUGUUCUAAGCAUUAUUUGUGGUUAUAGAUUGGCUUUUUGGUUGAGGUUUGUUUAUGGCUCCUCAGACCACUGUGUAUUGUUUGGUCAUUACUAAAGUUGGUAUAACAAGAGAAACAAGCGGUCGGCAACAUUCAUCUCUCGAGGGGGUGUGUAACUCAGUGUUACGGUGCGUUCGACUCUAAAUUAAUUUUACGCUGGAAUAUCCCUUUAAAGUCUGUAGUAUUGUCUGUCAUUCAUCAAAGUAAAUCAUGAUUGUCAGAGCACCAACAAGACACACUGACGCACAUUUAACAAUGAAGACUUUUUUAUGCCCCCAACCUCAUCCAUCCUUCUGCAUUUCCACAGUAGGAUUGUAAAUGUGGUAGACACAUGAAAGACAAUGUUACUGAGUUUUUCAUUUGAAUUGUUUCAUGUAUGUCUUUCAUCUCACAGUCUCAAGUACACACAGAGCGCUCCUUACGGUCCCUCCUGUAAAUGUGCUAAGAUGUGACAGUUUCCCUUUUCUAUAAAUCUAUGUCUGUUGCUUUUUGAACAGCUUGUACAUAGUGUCGCAGUCAUUCUGACCUCUGUCCCCAAUCAAGAGCCUCUUUCAUACACAGAGAAAACUCAACUCCAAAACACCUUCCCCCUGAAACAAAUUCCAGACCACAGAACUGGGAGUCCAAAAACUUGUUUGCCUCAAUAAGGUCUAAAACGUUUCUCCAGCUUGUUCAGAAGAGUGACUGUUAUCUUUAAAGAUACUUUGGUAUGAUGUGCUUUAAUAUUUAAGAGGUGUGUGUUUGAAAUGUUGGUUGAUUGAAAGAUCUGCUGUUUACUUAAUUUCAUAGCCAUGUGAUACCAGCCACUUGGUCCCUUGUGCUCUUAAAGGUGCUUGAAUCUGAGUCUGUAAAGCUUUAUCUUAAUUUUAUUAAUGUGUUCUCCUGAUCAGCUCUGAUAUUUAUUUAUUUUUUUUUGUAGACUAAUUCAAAUUUUAUCUGUUGUUUAAUAUGACUUAAUGCUCAGAAAACAAGUUAGUCUUUGAAGAGCCCCUGCAAAGUAUUAAUCCUUCUCUCCCCUGUCUCUCUCCCUCUGUGUGUGUCUUCCUCUGCAGACUGUUAGAGAUAGUAAGCUAUAAAAUCAUUGGGGUUCACCAGGAGGACGAGCUGCUAGAAUGUUUAUCUCCAGCUGCCAGCCGCACCUUCAGAAUAGAGGUAAGAGUGUGUGAGAGGCGAUCCCUUUGUGGUUUUUAAGUUAAAUUUUUGUAAUCCUCCUCUUCUUUACCCAAUACUCUGCUAAGCAGCCAUCAGAGUGAUGUAAAUGAAUAAUUUGACUACAAUGUCCUUUUUUAGGGUUUCACUUCUUUGUCACAUUUGCAGAGACUGACUUGAAACUAAACUGAAGUAGAUAAUUCAUCUGAAAAAGGCUGUUGCAAUUUUCUGCUGAAAGUCGGGUCUGGAGCAGCCCUACAGCACAAGUCAAUCUUAAACCUCUAUCCACAACAGAAGCUUAUCAGACUAAGAUAUAGGCAGUGGACCCCUUAACAGCAGCACCAUGAUAUCUAAGUUGACUUCUAGAACAUUCCAGAACCUGCGCUCACAACCCAAGUGGUGGCAGCAAAGUCUGGUCUCUGAAUUUUCUGCUGUUUGCUCUUUUUUUUUUUUUUGUUUUGUUGGCUGCUGAUGGAUAUUUCUGCUCGGAGAGGAGUUUACACAAGAGCAGAGCUCCUUUCAUUGAGACAAAGCAAAUCUGGACGACUACAUCCAACUCCAGCAGACAUCUGGUGGUGUUUUUGUGGUUGCCCUGCUCGUGCACAGGUGAAGGCAAAGUUGAAGACUAGAAAAUGGAGAUAUAAACCGUAUGUUUUAUCAGUCAUCAUGGGAAACGUCUCUGCCCAGCCAGAGCGACGAGCUGGAAAUAAUGGUGAAGAUUGAGAAAGCAUACUUUGAGUGCAGUUUCCUGGGUUUUACUGAAACCUGGUUGAAUCAAAACAACUCAAACUCCAGUGUAGAUCUACCUGGCUUCACUUUCAAAAGAUCAGACAGAGAUGCUAAAGCUAGUGGCCAGAAGAAAGGAGGAGGUCUGGCUUUAUUUGCUAUAGGGCUGCACGAUUAAUCAAUUUUAAAUUGUAAUCGGAUUGUUUGAUUACGACGAUUUUAAUUAAUUCUAAAAUGGUCAAAUUGAUUUUCUUCUGUGUCAUGCCUCCAGGCCACCGUAGUUCUCCCCAGUUUCCACACACACCAGUGUAGACAAACAUGGCGUUUGCAAAAAAGGCGAUAAUUUCGUGGCCAAACAGGGAAGGAGCAAAUCAAUCGUGUGAAAUUGGUACGGCUUCGCAGUUUUGGAUUACGAGUAAACCAGUCCCCGCUGCAAAGUCUGUCUGAAGGCGGUAUCAACCCGUCCACACGGAAACAAAUUCAGGAGUAAACACAAAAGUUUUUUGUCGUAUCAGUGUUUCAUCCACACAGAAAUGGCAUUUCUGGUGACUCUAAACGGUAUUGAAAACGGGCAUAAAUCUGUAAACAACCACCAUUUCAUCUCUGUGUGGAUGUCUGUCUGUACUUCUGGAAACGAUAAUGUGACACACAGCAUAACUCUUUUAUGGCACCUGCACGUGUCCAGCCAAAACGACCUUUUUACUUUUGAUCUGUAGACUUCUCUCUUUUGUUCAUUUCCUGAGCCGCAUCACAGCGCCACUUACUGGCUUGGCAUAUACACUGCAUCAUUUUCAGUGGUUUCAUUUUGAGAGAUGAUAGAAACAUUUUUUAUCAAAGUGAAGUUUGGUAAAGAUGUCACUGAAUCAAAAACCGAAAAUCACGUUUUCAGAGAAAACACCCUGAGGCACUAAUAAUAAUAUCAGGAGACUUCAACCAUGUCACUCUCUCCUCUCACCUGACUGGAUUCACACAGUUUGUGAAGCGUCCUACCAGAAAAAACAAAACCCCAGAUCUGCCGUAUGCCAACAUCAAAGAAGCCUACAGAGCCACUGCCUUACCACCAGUUUUGUCAGCUUUCUUAUUUCCAGUGGUUUUGAUUGUGGUAGCAGAGCGGAUCAGUUCGUCUCUAUAAAGUAUCAUGUUUGGUUUGCAGCCGCAGAUUUUAGUGAGUUAAAAGAUCAUGCGCUUAUGAAGCCUGAGCUGACUGUCUUGUGUUAUUGGAUUUCUUUUAUUUUCUUUGAAGACACGCUGUGUCUCCAAGUAAGUCUGGCCUUUCACCCAAAAUGCACAGCUGUGCAUCAGCACGCAAAGAAUUCUAGGAUACCAAGGCCACGAAAGCGUGCAUAAAUGCACGCAUGAAAAAAGGGGCGGGGGGCAGGGUGGUUUUGGGACCGCAUUUGAAGCGCGCUCAGAAUUACGAGCCAAAUGGGACACUGUUAGCGCCGCGUGAUGACAUCGCGCACACUUGAAAUGCACCGUUCAACGGUGCAGUCUCUGAAUUGAGACACAGCCACAGUUAUACCCACAAAGACUGUUCGCUGUUUCCCCAACAACAAACCCUGGAUCACAAGUGACAUAAAAGCAAUCCUUGACCAGAAAAAGAAAGCUUUUAAAGUUUGGGACAAAGAACGACUCAAACAAAUGCAACACGAGUUGAAGAGGAGACUGAAGAUGGCAAAGCUGGAGUACAAAAAUAAGAUAGAGAAGAAUCUACAACACAGCAACAUCUGUGAAGUGUGGAGAGGAAUCAGUACCAUCUCUGGACACAGCAAUGAAAAGAAAAGACAACACGGAACUCGCUAAUGCUAAUACUUGGUGUGAGCCACAUAUACUGAGAAAUACAGUAGUUCGUACUAGCUGUUUUUAAAUAUUGUGGUUCUGAAUUAGUCAUAAUGUUUCUAAAAUGCCAAAUUUUUAAGAGACUGAAGUAAAAGGUUCAUGUUUUAAAACAAACGUAACCUGUAGCGAACCUGCUAUAAUAACUUAAGGGGUUGGAUUCUCCUGGAGUAUCCCCAUUUUCAGAUUUUCUGACCUGAGGAGGUGAGUUGAGUGAGCUGUGACCCUUGCAAAUUUUAAAAGGAGAUAAGUGAUUUGAUUUAAAGGAGAUGAUACAAGAUGAGAAAUGGGACCAUACCUCUCAUUUCAAACUAUCCAUGGCAGCUGAUGUUUCAGCCCUGUCAGUUGGUUUAAAAUUACUAGUAGUGACUGAGCAAUGGGAGCUGUUUCUAGCAGUUCUCUGCAUCUGUCCACUGGGACACAAUGUUAGCCCCCAGCAAAUAAGAUGGUCAACAACAUAGUGCUCAUGAAUUGAAAAUUGAUGUCUCUCUCUUUCUUUCUCUUCCUAUCCAUCUAUCAACCUAACCAUCCCUCACUCUCUCUUUUCCUCUUUUUCCAUUUCUCUCUCUCUCUCUCUCUAUUAACCUACCUACCUACCUGUCUCUCUCUCUUUUUUUCUGCAGGACUAUGCUGCUUGACAGUAUGUUUAACAGAUAAUAACCAAAUGAAUAGAUUUUAAAUAAAUGAUAAAUUAUAUGUAAAACAUAACUUCCUUUCUUUCUUUUUACCAUUAAAGCACUUACAAAUGAUUUGCAGUCAUGUAAUACAAACCUAUUCCUAUUUUCUAAAUGAUCAGUUUGUUGACAUGAUCAAACAUCUGCUAAUUAUUGUACUUUGAUAUAUUGUUGAAGACAUCGUGGAUGUUGGUGUUCUGUAGUGUGUCAUACUGAAAGGUGUUCUUUAUAUUCUGUCCUUGUCAUGUCCUCGUCGUCAAGGAUGAGUAGAGUUGCACCUCUUCUAAACAUCCCUGAACUUGACUGAAUCUUUCUUCUGACACAUUAUCAUUUAGGAGAUUCCUUUGGACCAAGUGGACUUGGACAAAGACAGCGAAAUGCUAAUCCCUGUUGCUCACUUCCACAAGGAGGUCUUUGGCACCUUUGGGAUUCCCUUCUUGCUCAAGAUCAGACAGGUGUGUCUGACUGCACAUGUGAUGAGAGUUUGCAGCCCAUACAGCUUAUCAUGCCUAUUACUCAUACUCUGUGUUUGAAUGUUUAUAACCCACUCAGGGUGAGUCUUUUCGGGAAGUGAUGAGGAGGAUUCAGACUAUGCUGGACAUUCAGGAGAAAGAAUUUGAGAAGGUACAGCAUCCUUAACUUGCUGAGAAAACAUUAAAAAGUGAAUCAAAAAUACUCUCAGAUUAAUCUUCACAACCUUGGCUUAAAUAGUGUACCCAGGUGUACCAAGUGUGUGUGUGUUUGUGAUUUCUUUUCAGUUCAAGUUUGCGAUUGUGAUGAUGGGGCGGCAUCAGUACAUCACUGAAGACGAGUAUGAGGUUAACCUGAAGGACUUCGAACCACAGCCAGGUACAUUUUUACUACUUUUGCUGUUGAGAGUGCUGCUUAUACUACCACUGCUACUGAGACAGUUGUUUCAUUAACAGUAACAGUAUAACAAGCUCUAACCUAGAGUAUUUUAACAUGAUUUUAUUAGAGUUAUAGCUUACUUUAUUAGUACAAAAAAACAACACUGAAAAGGAGAAUGCAACUGGUAGUGGGAACAGCCCUUAAUAUCACUAAGUAAUAAUGCAUCAAAAUGCAAUGAUAGUCAAUGUAAUAAAGUUGCGAUAACAAAUCUAACAACUAUAAUGAUUUAACCAAAACAGUGAUAAAAUAUGGAUUACUAUGAAAGUAAUUAAUUUUAACGAAAGGAAAAUAAUUCUAGGCAACAAUAAGCUGAGUAAGAAGAAAUGAGAGUGAGAUUAAAUCUGACAACAAUAGCCUAUCCAACUCUAUUUUAAAGUUUAGAGUCAAGGUUAAGUUAAUAUGGUCAAAAUAUUUGAAAACAAUAGAGGCCCUAAAAUUGAGCCUUGUAGGAUGCCACAUUUAAUGUACAAAGUUUAUGAGAAAGUACCGGAGAGAUAAGGUUCUUUGGUUUACAUGAUUUCUGUUUCAUGAGGUUGACAAGGAACAGUUCUUUUCUUGAAUGAAGAUUUGUCUUACACCCUGACAGAAAACACUUAACUGAGACUUCCAGCAUCAUAUCAACUUGUGAUUGUGCUUGAAUAGAUAGAUCCCAAUUUCAACUUCAUGAAAGCAACACAAAUGCAUUCAGUGGUGAAAAAAGUGCAAUCACAUAAUUUGUCCAGCAGAGUGUACCCCAUUCCAGUUUUUCUUCAGCAAUCUCUGCAGUGCGUGGAACAGAGGGUCACUUUGCAACGCAAUCCUUAAUGAAGCUAUUCUUAAAAUAGCCCUCAAACUACUUUUUCAUGGUGUUAUUGGUGCAAAAUGAUCCACAUCCACACAUGAAAGUCUGAUAUCAUUUUGCAUCAGAUUGGUAGCCUCUGUUUCAUUGAUUUGUACUAUUAUUGACCUUACUGCUGUGUCUCCCUCUAGGUAACAUGUCCCACCCGCGCCCCUGGCUAGGGUUGGAUCAUUUCAACAAAGCUCCAAAGAGAGGUCGCUACACCUACCUGGAGAAAGCAAUCAAGAUCCACAACUAAAAGCUGCCCGCCCUUCCUCUUUGUCCUCCUCCUUCUCCUACUCCUUCUCCUGCCUCCUGCCUCCUGCCUCCUGCUCCAGCUCCGCCUUCCUCCCUACCUACUUUAACACACCAUAACAACAGACUGUAACCAACUGUGUGAGUUUGUGUAAGAGAGGCUGCGUGUGUGCACUUGCGCGUGUGUGUGUGUGUGCGCGCACGUGCGUGCAUGUGUGUGUGUAUUCAUCACUUUUAACACCCCGCCUGGACACCCCUUCAGCUCUACAUCGGCACUAUGUCUUCAGUGAAAUGGAUCUUGCUGCAGCUGAUGGAUUUCCCCUCAACCACAAAAUAAACUGCACCAACCACCUCCUGACUGUUGAUUUUGGUUAUUUUAAAUUUUUUUUCUUUUGUAAUUUUCCCCCUCCACAUUCUCGGCUUUUUUCCCCCUGUUGAUUGCCUCUUUUUUUUCUGCCUGUCUGGAAGUGGAAGAAAUAAAAUCGGAUUUUAAUAUGAAAAUAAGCAGAGGCAAGAAGAAGUGCAACACAGUAUAAAUGUGUGUGUGUGUGUGUGUGUGAGAGAGAGAGAAUAUAUGUAUAUAUAUGUAUAUAUUUAUACAUAUAUAUACAUAUAUAUGAACCUCUAGACUUAGUUUUUUUCCUUCCCUCAUCCUGCUCACUGGGGUUUUUCCCCCAUCACAGUGGGUGUUUUAAGUAACUUUUUUUUUUUGCAGAGGCACCAUGCUGCUGUGUGGAGAAAGUGAUGGGCAGAUGUUUGUAAGGACUUACUGACAGAAAAAGAGAGGGAGGGCUGAUGGUCAUUAUUUUGCAAAAUCAGCUGCAAACUAUCACCCAUCAUUGAUGCUCCUUGAGUUGCCCUGAUGUGGUUCUUUAAAAUGUAUCCUGCUACCAUUCUUUUAGUGCAACAAAGCAAGUAUUUCCAAGUUUACACACUCUUUCUGACUUAGUUUGGUUGAAGGAAUAUGAUUUUUUUGUCUCUUCUGCAGAUCUUGUACAAUGACAAAAAUCCACAGCAUCUGUUUAAAAUAAAUGGGGGGAAAAAGGAGGAAAUUUGUCUGUAUUUCAUCUUGCACGUAGGCACUUAAUGUCGGAGGUUUCUCAGGACUGGCAAAUGUACAGUAUGGUUGUGGCUUUGAGUUGCGCUGUGACUUAAAAGGAACACAUGCAUGGACAUUACCCCUGUGACUUUUUCUUCCAUUUUUUUUUGUUUUUCCAGGGGGUUUUAAUUUCUUUCUCAGUCAUUCCUCCUCUGACCACAAACAUAACUAAUGGAGAACCUCACAUCUUCUCUUGAUCGGAACUGUCACCUCCAGGUGGUUUGAAGCAGUAACUGUGCUGUGCUUGGUAGGGAGCUGCUGACACUUUGAGCCCAUGGGUUUAAGGAUCGUGUAGAGACAAAACCAGCAUUGUAUGAAACACUUAAAGCCCUAUGAAUCUUUUAUUUUUGUUUUGUUUUGUUUUGUUUUUUUAAAGCACAGAUGGAAUGCUCCCCUAAUAGCGCAUAGCUGGCUCUGUAAAGACAACAUUUAAGAAUUGUAUAUUUAAAAAUAUGAACGUGUAAAAUUUAAGAGAAACACACGCCUUUGUUGUUGGGUACAGAUUGAGCCAGGUGUUCAUAUUUCUUGUGAGUAGGGUUUUCUCUCUUUUUCUUUGCGUUCCUGAUGUACCAUUGACGACUUUUGUUCUGUUACAUUUGGAUUUUUUCUUUCAAAACUAACUGCAUUGGUUUUGUCUUGUUAAAAGUGCAGUACAAAAAUGACAGAAUCACACCUUAAUUUGAUCUUUUCCAGUUUAAAAUCCUCAGUGUAGCAGCAGUGUACGACAACUAUUCCUGUAUAUUGCCUUUUUGCUGGAAAAUGUAUGUUGAAUAAAAUUUUCUAUAAAACCAAAAGCA